AUGCCGCCCUUCUUCCCGCGCUGGGCGCCGAGGCUGCUCCUGCUGGCCUGCGGUGAGUCGUUUCCUUUCCCAGGAACCCGAGAGGGAUGCAUCGGGAAGCGCAGAUCCUGCGGUCCCCAAAGGCAGCCCCGGACAAAGGAAGGACCCCCCCCCCCGCUGGGGAUCCGAGGCUGCCUGCAGCGUGGGUGGGGAUCGCCGUGGGGGAACCCCACGCUGGGGGUGCAUCGGUGGGGCGGAGGAUCUGGUCCUCUGAAGCAGCCCGGGAUGGAUGGUGGUGGCCUCGGGGUUCCUAACUCGGGGGCGUUUUUUCCUGGUUUAAGGCACGGGUGCGACACAGCAGCUUGGGCGAUUGAGGUGGGGGGCAGAAUGGAAAUAGAAACCGUUUUCCUGGAGGUGGGGCUAGGUCCCGCAGAGGGAGAUGCUCAUACACCUUGGCAACCUCUUAAUCUGGGAAGAAAUACACAUAUAAAGGGGGAGGGGUUCGUAUUAACUUUAUUUCCAGUGCCAGUGUUUGAAAAGGUACACUUUGCGCGGGGGAGGGUUAUUUAUAUUCUUGGAAGUUCCCGCUGUUGUUCCAAUUCACCAUGGUAAAGUAUAUACUGUACAGCUUAUGUCCUUCCUUCCACAUUGCUUUCUGCCUCCCUUUCCUUCAAUGGAGUUUAGGUGCUUCUUAUUUUAAGUGCCUUUUCCUGUAGCAAGGCUAGUUGCCAUUCUAAAGGCGAUGUGUCACCCCUUAUUGACCACCAUUGAUGUUUCAGUCAGUGCGGUAUCUUUCUAUGAGGAAAAGUGUUUAUGUCAUAUUGGGCCAUGUAAUACUUACCUGUAGAAAACUGCCUGGUGAGAGUGUCUCAAAGGUAAGCAUUUUGCCAUUCCAUUUUAAGUUUUACUUUAUGGUGCCAUGGAAAGUCAUGAAGCACCUGCCCUGGCACUAAAUAAUGGCUUCUUUGUGUGGUGGAGCAGGGAGUAUGUCAGUCUAGGCAACCUGGAACUCUCUUGUCACGGAACAAAACUUUGCAAUUCAGAGAGUUCUAGCCAAGUUUCAAUGCUGUGAAAUUCAAUGCUGCUUCACACACCAUAUUGGGAAGUGGUGUUAUAUCAUGUGGCUACAAGCAGCAGGGAGCUACAAGAAACUGCAAAUUCACUGCAGCCUAUAGCCGUAUAACACAUGGUGGGGGGUGGGAUGGGGGUGGAACAUCAAAUGUAUUUAUUUGGUGCCCACACUGCAAACAGUGGGUGAUAUUUUUCCACUGCUGUUCCUCUCCAUUUCAGGGAGGAUUGGGGAAUUACUAUAGAUUUCACUUGGACAUUUGCAUGGCAUAGUUUUGAUGAGCAUUGUGAAUUAGGAUGGAAUUUACUAACGUCAGCAAAAAAAAUAAAUAUAGUGGUUAAGAAAUGUAGUGAUUCAAUUACCCUUUCACUGAAAAAAAAAAUGGCUAGUGAAGAUUUGGCUGAAAUGAGAAAGUUAACUGCAUAGACCCGUUUAAGAGAUGGGCAGCAAGUAGAGACAUUUGAGGGAAGAUGGUUUCCUUUCAGUGACUUAAUGGACCUAAUAUGUGUUUGGAUAUUCAGAAUGUUGAUCUACUGAGAAUUGUUGUUAAUAUGGAUUUGUAUGUUUCAGUAGUGUUGUUUAUUGUUUUAGGGGUUUUUUUAAGGGAUGAACAAAGCGUCCCUAGAGAUUGUUGAAAAUAGCCUUGAUGUAGUACAGUUUCUGCGUGCCAAAGCUGAGUUAGGAUUCCUGCAUACUGUAUUUUCCUCUAGGGACUGCAUCCAGAAUUACUUUGUACUGCACUGAGAAUCAUUUAACCCAUAACAUUGUCCUGUCACCUUUUUCCCCUUAGAGUAAUUUGAUUGUUUCUCUUUCACCAAAAAUAUGCUGUCGAGAAGUCCUGAUACCAAAUUAGACUCUAGUUCUAAAGAGCCUAAUCUGUAAAUUUUGAAAAGGGGGGUGGGGUAUUAAUUAAAGCCGAUUAAGUACAGAAGUAAUUAUAAUUAGAAUAGGUAGGAGGCCUGUGCUUCUAAUUUUGUAUAAUCUCAUUGGAGAUAUUUAAAGACGGAGACCCCUUUCAAAAAAAUAAAACGAAGAAUGUUGGAAGGGGCUAUUUUUCUUAAUAAUGUGAGUGAACAAGCUCAGUUUGUAAUCUUAGUGAACAAAGUAAAAUGGAACUUUGUAACAGACCAUUAAAUGUUUUCUUUAAAAAUAUAAAAUUUAUCAAUACUUGGCAGCAAUCGGCCUGGAAGAAUGAAGACCAUCUGGUCAUUCUGCCAGGGAUGGGAUUGGAGCAGAGCAUGUUCACCCUUCUGCUUGUAAAUUGUGUUUCAUCUCUUAAGUUUUGAGAAUAGAUCCUUCUGUAAAGAGACACAAGUAAAGUUAUGCUAGCCAUGUUGGCCCCUAAGGGGAAAAAAUCCAUAAUCCAUGUUAGAACAACAUCUUUCUCAGGCUGUUCAAAAUAUCACAAAAUAGUAUGCCAGCUUUAAAGUCCUGCAGAAAUCUUUUAUCAGACUAGAUUGUUUAUUUAAAAAAGGGGGAAAGGAGAGAAAACCUGGCUGGUGGUAACACCGUAAGUCUGCAACUGGUAAUGGCUUUAAAAAAGAAUAUGGGAGAAGGUAGCAUCCACUCAAAUGACGCACUUCUAGGGGCUAUGCAGGCAACAGGCUUCACCAAGGCCUAGUGGGAAGAAGAAAUAUAACUGGCUGAUUCUCCAUCUCUGAAAAUACAAAAAACUGGCUGUUACCCAGGUUUAUCUCCAUCCAUUAAUGAAGCACACAGGUUCCUUGAUGGGGGGGGGGGGAGGAAGAAUGACGAGAAACUAGGGCAGGAGUUCCUUAGGCAUGGCACCACCACAGAAAAGGCCAUGUUCCCACCAGCCUAACCUCUUUUGGAGGAGGAGUAUACAGCAAGACCUUGCAGCAGAUAUUAUACUACAGGCAGGCUCAUACAGGAAAAGGAUUUCAUAAAUUCUCUCCCCAGUCACUUAGGGCUUUAUAGGUAAGAACCAACACCUUGAAUUUUCUGGUCACAGAUGGGAAUGCAGCACAGUUAGUGAAAGGCCAAUGUAAUAUUGAAGCACACACUAGAAGACAUUCUGCUCUAGCUGCAGUUUCUGAACCACCUAUUUAUUUAAAUAUUUCUAUACCUUGAUUUUGUAAAAUAAAAAUAAAAAUACAGCCUAUAGAACAUUACAGUAAAGUCUUAUAGAACCCAAUGGAGCCAUUUGGGAUCCAAAUUCUAUCUAAAUAGUCUCUGUCACAUGCUUCUUGGUGUGAUCAUAGAAUGUGAUAGAACUCUGGGACCUCAAACUGUUAUUUAAAGGCUUUGUUGCAACACCACAUGAACUAAGUUUAACUGGUUCCUACCAAUAGGUGUUUUUCUACAGGGGUGGCGACAGGACAUCAACAAAACUGCUCAAAGGCAUUUGAUGCUGUGUUGUGUACUGUCAUAUUUCUUAGUCCUCCUGCAACUCAUCGCAGGUGAUAGAUGGGCUAACAAAACACAAAUACCGUAUUUUUCGCUCCAUAACACGCACCCGACCAUAACACGCAUGUAGUUUUUAGAGGAGGAAAAUCCGUAGGCAUGCCACCCGUAGGCAUUCCCUCCAUAACACACACAGACAUUUCCCCUUACUUUUUAGGAGGAAAAAAGUGAGUGUUAUGGUGCCAAAAAUAGGGUAUAUGUUUUCCAUAGACGGCAGCAGGUUCUAGACAAGACUGAUUUGAAAACUCGGUGGGCAAUCCAGUUAUAAAAUUGUUGAUACAAUCCUUGUGCCAAGUCCUCUUUCAUUUAGUGAAAGUCUAUUAUUAUUUUUAAAAAACAGGCAGAAGUGGAAGCCUGCAAAAAAAAAUCACAAAUGCUUUCUGUUUGCAUGCACACACUUACUCUUUGUAUUCAUGCAUCCCUAUUCACUCCAUUUACAUGUUAUAAUACUUGACUUCUUUCUCUGCACCAUUUCCAGUUUUCUGAGACAGCCCCCCUUUUCUGAAAAUUAGAGCCAUUUUUAAAAAUUGUGUUUUGCAUACUUAAUUUGUUUUAUCAUUCAUUUAUGUGAGUUUAGGCUUGUCAAAUAAAACAAAUGAAGAUAAAACAAAAUAAUAAAAAAUCCAGCAAGACAAAAUGCAGCAUUAAAACAAAAUCAAAUAAGUUCAAAAGUAGAUAAAAUAAAUUUGAGAAUGGGGAGGGGGAAUCAGCAGAGUUCAAUUAAAUGAUUUAAUGCAAGGAUGGUUACCUCCUAGUUCAAUGGGCCUAAUUCUCCCAACCAGUAACAUUUUUCUGCCCUGAUGGGGAUGGAAAUCACCCCCUCUACUGUCAAUAUAGGUAAGUGGACAGGGGGCAAUAACUACCCUUUAGCCAGUCUGUAUGGAUGGAGUCCCUUGAAGCCCCCCAAAGUCUUGCUGCCUCUGAUUUAAGAAGCUUGGGAAAGAAGAAGCUGAAUUAGUAAUCAAAGUUGGUGCCAAGUAGACUUCUCUUGGGGGGACAUUCCACAACUGGGGUGCCACUACUGAAAAGGCCCUUUCAUCUCCUUCACCUCUGUCCAGCUAUAAUUAAGUGCUCUAACAUUUAUCCAAAGCUUGCUUAACUUCACAAGUAGGCAAAUAAUAAAUGUGGACUGGCAAAGAAACUCUGAGGGGGCAGGACAGGGCAAAGGGGAGAAAGGGCUUUCCAUCUUAUCCUUCCUCUCACUGUCUUCUUUUUUUUGGCCAAUUUUUAUUGCUUUUCAAAAAAAUUAACAAGUUCACAUCAAAUUACAGUGGUACCUCGGGUUAAGAACUUAAUUCGUUCUGGAGGUCUGUUCUUAACCUGAAACUGUUCUUAACCUGAAGCACCACUUUAGCUAAUGGGGCCUCCUGCUCCUGCUGCACCGCCGCCGCGCGAUUUCUGUUCUCAUCCUGAAGCAAAGUUCUUAACCCGAGGUACUAUUUCUGGGUUAGCAGAGUCUGUAACCUGAAGCGUAUGUAACCCGAGGUAACACUGUAAUUUGAAUUUAAUGCAUACUUAAAAGUUGACUUCCCACCCUUCCUUGUUCUCCCUCUCUUGCUGCAUUAUAAAACAUUUAUUUAUCUGCUUACCAAUUUAUGAUGCUGCUCAUCUCACUGUCUUAAUCCCUAAAUCCCCAUGUUAGCUUCAAGACUGUAAGGUUUGAGCUCACUCCUUUUCCCAUUUGGACCUGAAAUGCAUAGUUUUGCCUUGGACUCGGGAUCAAUAUGGCAUGCUGCAUUCAUCUCUUGCCCAUAAGGCACUCUGUGCUCUUCAGUAGCGUAGGAGCCAAAGGGAGGACUGAGCUUCCUCUCUCUCCACUGUGGCCUCAAAGAAACUUUGGGGGCUUCUGCGAGGCUGAAGGGAAGCGAGUUGAUGGACUGCAUCUUAAUUUCAACCACUCUAAACAGCCAAAUGUGACCAGCUGGGACUAAUGCCUGUAUGCCGUCAUCUUGUGGCCCUCCAGAUGUGGAACUCCUAUCAGCCCCAGCCGCAUGGCUGAUAGUCAGGAAUCAUGGCUGUUGUAGUCUAUCCACAUCAGAAGAGCCACAGAUCCUCCCCCCCCCAUGUAUAUAAAUUUGGCCUUCACAAAUCUUUGUUUGUUUAUUGCAAAUUGGGGGGGGGGCUGAAAUAUUGGUACAGACCAUUUCUGUCCCUAAGUUAUUAAGAGGUUGGGGGGUUGCCUUUAACAUAUGAGAUUCACUGAAGCAACAACUGGGUAUUUUAGGUGUAGUUCAAUAUCUAACAUAGUUUUGAGGUUGCUUUUAAGUUCAGCUCCACAGUUAUGGGUUAAUGAGAUGAGGAAAGCUUGUUCCCAUCCUUGGAACAUGGUGGUCAUACUGAAGGGAGUGCUUUCACUAGGAAACAUUGGCACGUCCUUCUGGAACGGAAGCCCGGCCAGGCUGGAGGAACAAGACCAUUGUAACAUUAUGGUAGAAAGAGUGCAUCAGACAUUAAGUGUUAGGACAUGUAAUUUCUCCUGCCUCGCCCCAUAAGCGUCUCCAAAAUCUUCAUUCCUUUCAAUGCCUACAGAGGCAUUGCAAUAACCUUGCAAACACUAGCCCUGCUUUUUAAUAGGGUUGUUAAAUUUAGCAAAUUAAAAAGUCAUAAAGCACUCCACAGCAGCUGUUGUUUGAAGACUCCAGAUGUAUAAGCGAUUGGGAAAUUGUAGCUGUGUUUGGACAAUGAUAUUAAGCCAAUAUUGACAGGUAUUUUGCCCAUCCAUGCAGCUCCUUCACUUCUCACUUUGUGACAUGAGCAAUCAAAUCAGGAAUUUUCUAUCCAUAGCAAUAAUGUGGUUACCAGGUUCAGAACAAACGGGAUAUUAUACCAUAUUCGAGCCAUGGUUUUAAUAUCCCAGCUUGCUCUGAAGCUGCUGAUCAUAGUUUUCCAGGUUGGCUAAUUAGAUAUUUCCUUGUUUAAUUGUGGCUUGUGUGAAGGGGCAGAAGACUCGUUCAUAUUUCAGUUUAUUAAAUUGAGAGAUAUCAUCCGGACUGAGUCCCCUUUUCCCCCUUACUUCUGACCAUGAAAAGGAAAAAGCAAUGUGCCUGGUUGAUGGGACACCCAACGAUCAUGUUGUGAAUGAAAUACUUUCAUCAGCUUUGAUCAAUAGGAAUUGUUCUUAAGUAAAUGGAAAUAGGAUUUUCCCAUAGUUUCUCUGCAAUUCCAGGCCAACACUUCUAGAAUGUAAUAGGACAUGGGUAGGCAAAUUAAGGCCUGUGGGCCAGAUCCGGCCCAAUCGCCUUCUAAAUCCGGCCCAUGGACAGUCUGGGAAUCAGCGUGUUUUUACAUGAGUAGAAUGUGUGUUUUUAUUUAAAAUGAAUCUCUGGGUUAUUUGUGGGGCAUAGGAAUUCGUUCAUCCCCCCCCCCCAAUAUAGUCCAGCCCACCACAAGGUCUGAGGGACCAGCCCCCUGCUGAAAAAGUUUGCUGAACCGGGUAAUAGCACAGUGCUAGAACUUUGUUGCAAUGUUACUGAAUAACUAGGAUGAAUCACUAGGAUGGUUUGCCCAGGUUCAUCCCAGCAAAGGUAAGAGUCCCUUCCCUUAAAGUAGUGCCUGUAACUUCCCAUAAUGAGAUCUUCCAUCUGCCAGGCACAAGAUUGAUCUCGGUCCUUGAGACUCCCUGGGGUUCUCAUUCACAUAAUGGCUCCUAAAUAAUUUUAUGGUGAUGAGAGGUAGCAGAUGCAAUCUGCUGCUAACUAAAUUCUUAGCCUAAUUAAUAAUCAGUGAAGGUUGUGGCCGUUCAAAUGCUUGAACUGAUUUUCCUGCUGCUACUGGGAACACGGAUUUUAUUUCACCAGAGGUCACAUCAAUAUCACAUUUUGAAUACACAUUUAGACCACUUUACCCCCCUUAAAGAGUCCUGGGAACUCUAGUUCCUAAUCCUGGUAAUUGUAGCACUAUAAGAGGUAAACUACAGUUCCCAGAAUUGCUUUAAAUGUCCUUUAAAUGUAUGGUGUGGAUGUGAUCUAUAGUGAGGAUGGGUUCUGUUGCCACAAUAGGUAGCCUUAAGUUUUCUCUGGGAACUUAAGUUUAUUUCUGGAAUUAGCGGAACAGGAAUUACACCGCUAUUGGAAAAGUUAUAUUGGAAACUGAGGGUAAAAAUGUGCUGCAGGCUGUGUUUAAGCCUGGCACUCUGAUGGCAUAGUAGCAGACAUUCCUCAGCUAAGCUACAUGGAAGUUGAUUAUGUUUACUACACAGUUUGGAUGAAUGAGCACUAGAGAUGAGACCUUUCUACAGAAGGACAUCUCUUUUCCUUCCUCGGUCACCCUGUUCUUUUGUGUGUACAGUGCUGUGAGAUUCCAGAGGGUGUUAAAUGCAUCUUCCUCCCUUCAGCUAUCUUGCUUGACUAAUUCCUUGUUAGUUAAUCUGCUCGACUCCAGGAAAUUGGGAUGGCUACACAUCCAACGCAGUCAAUCUUUCUAAGGAACCGUUUCUUUAAUUAUAGGCACCCAAGGUUUAAAUAACUAUAUUCAUACUCCAAGGGAGAGCUCCAGGUGACAGAGUAUGAAUUAGAGCACACAUUCCUCCCUUGUGCUUGAAAUGAGGAACAGCCUUGUAGGAUGUUGUGGAUAAAUAGGCAAAAUGGGAGCACUGAAAUUGGCCAAAAGGAAAACUAAAUGGUCUCCUAGAGCCCAGAGGCUAUGCGAUUUGCUCUCAAUUCUCAAUGGUACAGUGAUUUGAAUGAGCCGUCCCCAAAGAAUAAGGCUAACAUAUCUCAUUUACAUGAAUAUAGCUUGGGUGGAUUCACACAUGAGGCAAGGGGUAUCUUACUGCUUCUGGAUUGUGCUUUUCACUUGCAGAAGCAUCCAAAUACUUUCUCUUCACCAACUCUCCUUCAUAUGAUCUGACAGGAAACUAGUGGGCAAGAGGACCCAGAAAAACACUGUGUUGUGGCUGGAACUAUUGCCUUCCCUAUAGCUCCCUGUGUUGUUUGAGCAGCCUACCGAGCCAACGCUUUUCCUACCGACUACUCUGCAGGUCUAGGAGAGGACCAUUGCAUUGUCCUUCUCCAUCAGAAAUAGGGAAAGGUGCCCUCACAACCCUCUGUGGGCAGUUUUGGACCUUUAGUGGAGGUUGCUCAUUGGCUGUGAGUCCUGGAAGACCUGCUCCCUGGCCUUGCAGGCCCCUGCCUGGCCUGGUGAGGUCCUGACUGACACCCAGUUGCAAAAGCUGAGGCUGCUGAGCAGACUCUUGGGUUGGGGUAUUUGGGGGGGGGUGUUACUGUUGCUGAUACUAAUUUUUUGUAUCUCUAUUUUUAGAGCUUCUUUUGAUGUAUGUGGAAAUUGUUCAAUUUGGUUGUGUACUUUUUCAUGUGUUUUAUUUAUUACUGAUGACUACUUCUGCUAUAUUUGUAAUUAUGUAAUUUAUUUCAUGUAAGCUGCUUUGAGCAUGGUUUUCACUAUGAAAAGGUGGCGAUAAAAAUAAAAUGAUGUAUGUAUGUAUCUACGUAUGCUCUAUUUUCCUGCAAGUGUACAGGAUCUCUGCUGCCCUCACUCAUCUUUAGGUUCUUGGGAUAUCCAUGCAUAGACAUCCUACUUAGAAACAAAUAGAUGAGUGUGCUCCUUUAUCUCUUGCAAUGGAAAAAUCUGCGGGGGGUGGGGUCUGCUAGCAGUUUCUUCCCAUAGGUUGACACAGAGGUGGGAUUAUAAUUUCAAAAAAACCCAGGAUUUUUAAAAAAUGCAAAAUCAAUUCUAACAAUCUGCUGGUUUACAGUCUUGUGUGCCACUAGUCAAUACUCCCAUGUACCCUACUCAACAUCAUGGGUCGUUAAACUGACAUUUGCUUCCCUGCUUUUUGCUACUAGCCCAGAAAAUAUACAGGGCUCCUGGGAAUGUGGGUGUGCUAGAAUCUCUGUGGGGUGCCUGCCUCUCUCCCGGCUUGGUCUGUGCCAGUGGAAUGCUGACCUCUCGCCUAUGUUUUCUGCAGUCCUAAUUAGAAGUGAUUGCUCUGCUGGGCUUCCUAAUCCUGCAUUCAGAAUGUUCUACUAAUAAAUGAGAGACUGGCAGCAAAAGUCGGGGGGGUUGUAGAUAUAGGGGUGCAGGACUCAUUUCCUAUAGAGAAGGAACCAGGGUCAGAUGCUUUGGAAUAAUCAUGGGGAGAUAGACAAAAGGGCUCUGUCUGGGCUCUGAGCUCUCUCUGUGUUCACAGGCGGAAGCCACUGAGAUUGUGGCUUUCUUGGUGCAAACCUGCAAUCCUGGUGAGCCUCCAACGUUGUGCGUGCAAUCUGCACUACGCCCUGCACCGCCAACGUGGAGCAGCAGGAUGUCAGCCCAAUAAGCACCACGGACACGAUUGCAGGAGCUGCUUAAGCGUGGAGUUGCCUCGUACUGCACCAUUUCUUUGUCAAGACAAACGGCUCAUCAGGCACCUGCUUUUUUUGACUGCGUGUCAAAUCACGAUGGCACAACAUUUCUGCCGACUCAGGGAUUUAAAAAAUAUAUAGUUAAGCUGUGAUAAACUGCAGGGAACAAUAGCUCGGAAGAGGGUGCAAGGAUCGUAAAGCCCACAAGCAGCUCCUCACCUUUCAUGUAGCCAGAUUUUCUCCUUUCUAACCAUUAGAAAUGUUCCUCCUCUACUCAGUUGGGAAUAAAAUGAAACUCUCAACCACAUCUGCUCUCAUUCUGUAUGAAAGAACACAUAUAAUAGCGUACGAAAGAUGAUCCUGGCUUGGCAAUAUGUUUGUUUUUAGCCCUACUUCUGGAUUGGUUUUGCAGCCUUCUGCCUGUAAGAAUUGUUCUGCUUGAUGGUGCUAAAGAUCUGUCUGUUGUGGGGCAACAGGGGCCAGAUACCACCAUAACGUUCACAAAUAAGAGCACAAUGGGUUCAACCACCCCAUUUCUUUCCAGCUUCUCGUAAUCAGUUAUACUGCCUUUGGACAUGGAAGUUCCAUUCUUCGUUAUUAUGUCUGAUAGCCAUUGACAGACCUUCCUCCACAACCUUGCCUAAUCCUCCUGGGGGAGUGGGUGGGUGCAAAAAUCUAAACAUCCUGUGCUAAUGGAUUCCAUAAGCCAAUUACACAUUUGCGUGAAUAAGUAGUUUGUUCCAUUUUUCCUGUAUUUUUUGCCUGCCAGUUCCACCUAAUCCGUGCGGAGCCACUGUAUUUUCUAUAAAUGAUUCACUAUUUCCCCACUGUAGCUUAACUCACUGCUAUCCUGCCCUCAAAUUUUCUCCCUGACAAUGUGUAACAGAAGUUCCUUGGGAUCUCUGCCUGCCUUUUUCCACCGGUAGCCUGUACAUCAGGGGACAUCAGUGUCAGAUGCUUCUUUUAGCUGAUCAUUGUUCCCCUGUCUCAAGUGAUUAUCAAUAAAUGACCGUUUUGGACCGAGCUCCCUAUUUUGAAUAACAUCUGCUGGACAAAUGCUUGGGCACAAAUUUGGGAAGCCUCUCAAAUGAAAGCUAGAUAUAAACUGAAGCAGGUUAGAAUGUGGUCCUUCUAUGAGGUCCUACUCCCCAGUUGGCAAAAUCUUCACUUGUAGUUUGUUCUGAAUGAGGUAUUUUAUCUCAAGCAGCAGAUAUUGAGGUACUAUAAAGAACCGGAAUAGCUGUUUGAGUUCAUUUACACAAAAAAUUGUGCCCCUCAAUAACACUCAAGUAUGGCAGUAGUUACCGCCUGCUGCCCCCACUUUUAUUCUUCACUAAUGUAUGUAGGAGACAGUCACUGUGUCAAAAUCUGAGUGGACCAAUAUUUGUGUUUCCCAUCACCUUCAUUAAAACUGCUGUUCCUCAGGCAGUCAAACUCAGACAAUGAGGCCUGCGUCUUCUGCCUUUCCUAACUCUUUGUCUUGUGAACCUAAAAGAAUGACUUUUAUUUUGUAAUGUGUAUCUCUGUGUGGCAGGAAUUUGCCAGAGGACAAUGUUUUUACUCUGGAAGGAAAUUCCUUAUUUAUUAUUUGUAUUUGGGGCAGUUUAAUUACACUUGCUGCUCUGACGUUGCUCUGGUUCGUAGGCUAAGUUGGUAAAGAUGUGUUGAAUUCCUGGCUAAGGGCAGAGAGGCUUAAGUGCUUCCACACCAGCCUUUUUAAUAAAUCAAUAUUAUUUUUCUUUUCCCCCUACACCAGAAUUUUUAUCCAGUGUUGCUCAUUCAUCUCUGAGACUCCAGAUGGCAUUCCUUCCAAACCAUUGCAUUCCUAUCUCUCUCCCCUAUUUGAUUUUUUUUAAAAAUGGCAUUAAUAUAGCCUUUGUUUGUUAUAUUUCUUUCCUCCUAAACAUCGUAGACUCCAUGUUAUCCACUUGAACCUCACAAUUAUCCUAAGCUGCUUUGUCAGUCUUUUUAUUCUAAAAAAAAGGGUGGGGAAUCUCAGAACUGAGGGCUGAAUGGAACUCCCCAAGCCAGGCCACACACCCUCCCCGGCCAUAUCUCCUAUGACUCCUUAUUUGCAUCUUCCUUGGGUGUUUUUGCUGGCCUGGAAUGUGUUCUUGAGCUCUGAUAAUGCUUCUUGGUUGCGUAGAUGGCAAGAUGACAGAGGUGUGUGAGUGUGUGUUGGAAAAAGGCCCUGCUGUACAAAGGUAACAUUUACCUUCAUUACUCCACCCACCUUUUCCUCUGGAAGGAUGCUGAGGAGGUUCCUCACCCCUGUUCUAAUGUAGCUUAAAUAAUAUUUGGAUCCCCAUUUUCUGCACCUAAGAUAAGCUAAAUGUUCCCUGCUCAUUUUGUUAUAUGUAGCAGGUACAGUGCUACCUCGGGUUACAUAUGCUUCAGGUUACAUACGCUUCAGGUUACAGACUCCGCUAACCCAGAAAUAGUGCUUCAGGUUAAGAACUUUGCUUCAGGAUGAGAACAGAAAUCGUGCUCCAGUGGCACGGCAGCAGCAGGAGGCCCCAUUAGCUGAAGGUUAAGAACAGUUUCAGCUUAAGAACGGACCUCUGGAAUGAAUUAAGUACUUAACCCAAGGUACCACUGUACCGGUAUCUUCCCCCCCUCCCACCAUGAAUGUGUGAUUCAGAAGUACCCUUACUGACCAUGAGUUUGCAAAAAACACUUCUGUUCUCAGUCACUUAAUCAACAGAACUCCUAUUAGCAGAAGACUCUCAUCCUUUGUAAGAGGCAGUCCUAAGAUUACUGGCAGCUCUUGCAAUCUGACUCUUUCAGUGUAUAUGGGAGUCCCUGCAUGGUGUGUGUUGAGUGAGCUCACUGAGCAGGGAGCAGAUGGCACCAACUAACAGAGCUCCAAAAGUCAGCUCACACCCUUCUGGACAUACCUUGAUAUCUUUGAAUCCAGUUGAACAUGUGAAGCCCCACACCCCUCAAAAAAAGUGUGUGUGUGUGUGUGUGUGUGUGUGUGUGUGUGUGUUGAGGAGCUUCUCUGCAGUCAGAAGAACCCUGCACCAACUGAUUGGAAAGCAUGGCCAGAUGAUGUUGAUGUUGGUGAUGCGGCUAGCCACCUCAGUGCAUGUGGGUUUUGGUCUGUUUGUUUUGUGGGAAAAGAGCUUUACUUCUCUUCCUAUUGGUGUGACCCUGGGAAAAGUAGGAAGGCAGAUGGUUUCAAGGCUUCCAACCUCAUAGGCAUUUCUGUUCCUGGUCAUCAUCUGUGGCUGUAGGUUGGAGACUAUAGGUGAAAGUACCCCUCGUCUUCCCCUAGGAAAAGGACUUGUCUUAUCCUCAUUCCAAACUUUCGGAGGGAGCUUGCCCCCUCUUGCUCACUGGCUCGUGGCCAAAUGAGAUUUUUUUAAAAUGCCUGCUGCUUCCCUCAUACCCAGGACAUAUUGUUAGCACAUUUCAUCCUUACAUUAUUAUAGCUGGAGGUAGUGUGUGUUGUGUGUGGUGGCAUUCUCUUCAGUAUAUGCUUACUAUAGGACUCCUUUCAUUGUUUAUUAAUGCAUUGUUAAUUAUUACAUCCACCUUUCCUUGAAGGUGGGGUGCAUAAUUUAUUUAUUUCCAUUACGUCCUCAAAACAGUCCUACAACCUGGGUCAGGCUGGGAGAGUGAGUGCCUGAUCACCGAGUGAGCUUCCUAGCUGAGUGGGAAAAGGAACCUGCGUUUCUCAGGUCCUGUUUGUUAUUACUUUGAUGGCUGUAUGACACAUUUCACUUGGAAACAGAAAAUCCAUAUAAGAGAAAUCCAACUUAGCCCCACAUCUCAGGGAAUUCAGCAAGCUAGGGGGAGAAGCUAAAUUUGGGAUAUAAGCAAUCAGUAUUGGGGGUGUAUUUUAGUUAAGAGGUUCAGCCAUUAUGCCAUACUGUGGGGUUUUGUUUUCUCCUGGAUGCUGGUUCUGAGAGUACCAUUGCCUUGGUUGGUGGCUAUGAAGAUAGUCAGCUAAGAGGAGGAAUUUGAGGAGAGGAUUAUGAUGGCACUGCCACAUGAUAAUAAUGCUGGGGUCCUCCCUGCCGCAACAUAGCCUCUGUGGAUUUAAUGAUGCUUUCAGACACCCCCAUUGGCAGGAUUGGAUUAGAAGACCCCUGGGGUCCUUUCCAACCCUACAGUUCUAUGAUUCUUUUUAUUUAUUUAAUUGCAGGCUUUGGGAGGGGGGGUGUUGGUUGCCUGUUUUGGGAGAGUGCCUACCUUUUUUGUCUGCAUUUUAUUUGUUUUUGGUUUUUUUGCGGGGGAAGGGUAUAGGCGUUUUGCCUGUUUUGGGGUACAUUCCGAGAAACAGAUAUUUCAUGGUUUCUGUAACAGAUUUUCAGAUGCGGCCCCCGAUCUCAAGAAGGUUGGGGACUUGCACAGCUGGGCCCAGGAGGUUUCAGGGCAAGAAUACUAAAGUUGUAGAGAGGAAUACAGUGCCAGAUGCCUGUGCGUGUGUCUGUCUUUAUAAUUUCGCAGGGAAACUCACUUGUCAAAGGCUCUCCUGCUUUUCAGCGUUGUUCUUUGUGUAACCUCAUUUCUUACAUUCUAGCCAGUGACACUCACGUUCCAUUACACUGAAGUGUGUUCCCCAUUCUGGGGUUGCCAUAUGGCAGGCUGUAAACCAAUUAGUCCCUCUCUUUUGGCUGCCUGGCUUGGCUUGGCUUGUUUGCUUCUUUAGCUCUGCUUCAGUGUUACGCCAUGGACAGUCCUAAUUAUUUCAAAUGGAAAAGUUAACACAGGCAUUGGCAACCUCAGGUCUGUUUUCAUCCCUCUGUGCUUAGGCCUUAAGAGGCUGCCAUGGUGUGCUGGCAAGUGUGUUUGUUCUGCGCAACACGUGGCUUUUUCAGCGUAGGCCUGUACACUAUAUAACACUUCUAGGCCCUUUGCCCAUACAUAUCCCUUAAUGAUGUUCAGUUUCUAGCCUAUUGGCAUCCUUUCUACAGGCUUUUAAUCAACUUGUCGUCGUCGUCCCCCCAAUGCCCUGGACUUUCUUCCAUGCCUUUUCUGGAUUCUUGAGCUUAAUCUCACUUUGCCUCCUCGGCCUAGACCAGGCCCCUGACAUGGCUCCAACACUAAGCCUCCUGACUCAUUCAGUCCCCCUGCCCGACAGGUGGUUCCUCCUGAUAGGUUUCCUUUUGGCUUUACAACUGGCCUAGUGUUUCCUUGGAGUUUUGUCCUUUGCUCUGUUAACUGUGUCGCUGCUUUGGGGAUAACCUGCAUCUGCUGUCCUUUGGGAAUGGGCUCCCCCCCACCAUGCCACAGCUGUUCAUCUGAGGAACAAGUCUCCCUUUCUUUGACAGCCAUCCUGUGUAAAAUGUAUGCUACAAUCCUACCGCUGUAGUCUUCUUGCUGCUGUUCGCAGAAUUUUGAUUUCCUUUUUAUUCCCUGGUAGCUUAUUUUUACAGAAGAACUGACCUCGGCUGCACCCACUUUGCCAGCUGAAUUCUGUGAGCGAUUCCCACAAUCGCUAAAACUGUGAUAAAGCUCCUCUCAUUCCUGUCUCCUCCUCUUCCCUCUAACUGUGCCGUGAUAUGACUUUUAAAUAGUUGGAAGGAAAUUUGAGUCACACAUUCACGCCUUUUCAUGCCUUGCGAUAAGCUUCGCCUAUGCUGGCCAUGAUGGUUAAGGUUUGGCCAGCUUCACUUUACUUGGUUCCAUUGUAAAGGUACAGCCCUCCAUGUUGUGGUCAAUCCAACUGUAUAUAUAUAUAUGUUUGUGUGUGUGUUGUAUUCUGUUUGGUCUGGUUUAACUCUGCCAGCUAUGGUGCUUCAAAAAUUGAGGGGGGAAGUUUCAGUUAAUGAAAUCCAUAAUCCCACCCCAGAUUUCUCUCCAAUUUACAGUUAAAUCACAGCUGUCUAAACGAGGAUUGCCAUAUUUCAGAAUGUGAAAAUCCAGACAGAACAGUUGUUGAAUUUUUGUGGGGGUCUUUGGGCCAAAGUUGUUGAGCAUUUUUUUGCAAAAUCUUAAAAUUAAAAAAAAAUUGAAGUUUUUGAGCUAUUUUUAAGGAAAAUUGACAAAAACGACACUGCCAAAAGGGGUUGCCAUAUAUCUGAAUUUUCCCAGACAUUUAAGUGAUUUCCGCCAGGACACUGCUUCUGAUGGCCGAUUGUUGGCUAUGUCUGGGAAAUUCCGGACGUAUGGCAACCGUAGUCUAAACUGGCCUGAAAGUAAAGUGGGCCAGGCCAGCCUCCCUGGUCUGCCACUGAGUGAAUAGCUUGUCAUUCCUGUAAUUCACUCACUAGGCCUUCCAAGGAAGUGAAUUUCAUAUUCCAUUUUUGUCUGGUCUGAGAAUAUGAGCAAAUUUGAUGUUAAUGUACUUUGUCAUCUGGCAGAGGUGUGAUAGUGCGAUUCCAGCGCAUGAUGAUUAUCAUGACUUGCCCAGUUCUGCUUGGCCCAGGGCUGUGGAGGCAGACAGGUCUGAUCUGCUUGGCAUUUUAGGCUUCAGAAAGAGGCCAGAAAAUUCUCUUGUCCGCUGUACGGCAGUAUAACUGAUGCUUGCAUAAGGGCAUAUGGCUAGGCUUGAGGCGCUCUGUGUUGGGGCUAGUCUAGAAACCACACAACUGGUGCCAUUUUGGAUUGUUUGGUAUGCUGAACAAAGGAUCAGGGAAUUUAUAAACUACACACAAACAAAGCAGUGAAGAAAGAGCAUGUUCUAAUUUUGUGCCGUUUCUCUGUAUUAAAUACUUGAUGCAACGAAAUUGUUUUAUCUAUUAGAUAGCUAGAAUGUGUUUUAUGCAAGAGACUGUCUAGAUUGCUCUGCUGAAUGCUUUCUUAGAAAAGGACAUUCUGCCCAGAUUAGCAGAGGAAGCUCAGAACACAGAUUGGAGCAGAGAAGUCUUGGGCCUUAAUGCAGUUAUUUCCCUGAGGCUUGUGUUUAUUUUCAGGUGUCUCGAUGGCUGUAAUAACAUGUUGGUGGCAGCUGUUAAGAAGCAUUCCUUGCUAGUAAACUGGAGACUACACAGCAGCCUUCCCCAACCUGGUGCUCUCUAGAUAUUUUUGACUGCAACUCCAAUUAGCCCAGUCGAUGUCAGGGGUGCCAGGAGCUGCUGUCAGAUUGGGAAUGGCUGUUGUACAUGCUAAGGCUGAGUGUUUUACUCCUGUACAAAGGCACCAGGGAGUCUAAAGAAAGGGAAAACUAGAGCAAACUCCUUGGAUGCCUGAAGUCAGGAGGCCAGGCUCAAUGCAGAAGAAUUAGUCAGGAGUCUUUCCUUCUUGUGGAAUCCAAAAAAGGAUCUGGCCAGGGCCUAGAAAAUCCUCAGUGUCUUGGAUCUUUUCAUGUUGGCACCCAGGAAUUUGCUUGGGUUUUAAUUUCUGAGAAUGGAACAAACCUGUUUUAAAAUAUGCUGUGUAAGUGCAAAUGAUGUGUAGACCCAAUCAUAAUUGUAGGUACAGUCAGGAGAUCUUUGUCUUGUUCCCAUCUCUCUUGGAGAAUAAAAGGUAACAGUACACUGAGUCUUCACUCAGUUUUCUAUCUGUCUUUAAAACUUCCCUGAACAAGUCCAAAGAGACAAAUAUCUCUGUAUAAUUGCACUGGCGCCUCUCAUAAAGCCUCAUGUCUUAUAUGUCCUUGGCAGGACUGAGACGCACUCUAGGCUGAAGUACGCAUAUACAGGCCUAUACUUGUGUUUUGUAAGGACUUGGUUUGUUGUAGGCAACACAUGUGUGGAUAUUGCUCAGGGCAAUGGUAUUAGUAGUAUACCAGAGGUUUUGUAGAAUUCGUGUGGCUCCUAGUUGACAAUGAUAUAGCUGAACCAGAGUUCAAAUCCCUGCUUUGCCAUUACCAUUGCUCAGUGAGCAUUAGACAUCUCACAAUCUGUUAGUACUUUAACCUGCUAACUGGGAAGAAUAUUUGAAGGCAGGUAAUGAAGAUUGUAAAGCAUAAUCUUUACACAUUGAUACUUGCAUAUAGCUAGUGCUGUUUUGUUAGAGCUAUGUACUUCUUGCAGGACCAAUUUGAACAAUAAAAUACCAAAAGGCAGGGCUGAGUUUGUUUUGCAUCGGUGGAAGUUUGCUGUGCAAAUUAGAGUUACAGUAGCGCAAAGCAAAUCCAAGAACUUGGCUCUCAGAUCCACCAAGUUUUGCAAAAGCAAAUUUUCUGCAGCUCAACUUAGCUGAGGUCUUGAAAUUCCCAGGGUUAAGUUCAUACUCAGAGAGGAAAGUAAACGUCAGACUGAGCCCACUGCUGAUACUUUCACAACUGCUAAUUCUUGUGCUUUGGCUAGCAUUUCUUUUCUUUGGUUGAGGAUAGUAGCCCAGCCUGGUAAACCGGAUCAUGAAUCUUAAAGGGUUUAAACUGGGUAAACAGUUCAGUGUUAAAUGAGGGUAAACAAAUUGCUGGGAACAACCUCUUGCACUAAUGGGAUUAGCUCCCCUGAAGGCCAGGCUCGUCACAGGUGACCGCAUUUUUAAGCUUUAGGACUUUUAUAGAGAAUGCGUGGGGAAGGCAGUAGACAUGAGAGACGUUUCCAGCACAAUCCUGUAUAUGCUUACUCGGAAGUAGUCCCCACUGGCAAUUACAGAAGAGGAAAAAGAGGUACAGUGGUACCUCGGGUUAAAGACUCUUCAGGUUACAGACACUUCAGGUUACAGACUCCACUAACCCAGAAAUAGUACCUCGGGUUAAGAACUUUGCUUCAGGGUGAGAACAGAAAUUGCGUGGCAGCGGCGUGGUGGCAGCAGGAGGCCCCAUUAGCUAAAGUGGUGCUUCAGGUUAAGAACAGUUUCAGGUUAAGAACGGACCUCCAGAACGAAUUAAGUUCUUAACCCGAGGUACCACUGUACUUAAAAAUCUAAAGGUGGGGACUUCCGGGUUAGCGCCAUCGCCGAAUGGCGGACUCCCUCCGAGCUCCGGAGGGAGUCUGCUCGGCAGGGGCUGGGUCCUACCGCGCCGGCGACGCGGGGACCCUUAAAAACCACGGGCACGGAGUCCGUGGACAUGGGUGACUCGGCUUGCACCAUUAGCGCCCUCCCGACUCGUGAAGGAGCCUUUUAAAGGCUUCGGAUCGGGUGCCGGGGAGUGGCGUGGUGCUUUGAGUCCACUGCUUUCCCUGCCGAGCGCAGCCGCAUGCCAUUCGACGGAGAGCGCUGACUUCUUCUAUUGAAAAUUUGGACUAUUAACAACAACCCGUGAGUAAUUGGGAAACCGGGUUCAAAAUUUUGGAUUUGGCACGAGCGGGGCGAUUUAAAAGGAAGUCAAUCCCCCCCCCUAUUGUAAGCAUUCCAAAACAAGGACUGGGUAACCAAGGUCCAAAGGGAAGUAUGUCUCUGAUAAAAAUCAUUAAUUUCACGAUGGGAAAUUAUAAGAAAUGUGCUGGAGGAGAAGAGUGGAGGGUGAGAAGAAAAUGCAACCCCCCCCCUGGGAACCGGGGCGAUUCGUGGAGCCUGGUGAAGAGAGACGGAGACUUUGACAGCUGUCAAAGUGGCUGUCAAAGCUGGAGAAUAUAAAGAGGACUUUGUUAUGAGGACCUUGCUGGUUAAUUUUGUUACAAUUUGCUAUAAUAUGGAUAUAAACUGUUGGAAAAUAAGCAACAAUUUGACUUUUGGAUUAGAGGAUACAAAGUUAUUACAAUCCCCCUAGAGGGGUUUCGGGAUACUACAAGAACGGUCGUAAGUGGAAAAAUACCCUGGGAUUCGCACAGGAUUUGUUAUCUUCUGGGAAAGCUGCAAAACUGAAAGAGUAUUUUGUCUACAGAGGAAGACAAUGGAAUUUUUAUUGAAGAAAGAAAGGGACUGGACGUAAGUUUUGUUCCUGAAUAACAAACCUCUGCAGAGACACUAGAUUUCUGAAUUAGAAAGUUUUAGCAGCUGAACAGGACAAGAAACCUGAGAAAGUGAGGAAUAAGAAGAAUAAAGGACUGAUUACGACACGGAAAGAACAACGGGAGGAGUGGUAAAGAUCAAGGAAAUUAAAGGCCUUUGUUAGAUUGGACAUUUGAAGUCAAAUAUUAUUUAAAUUAAUAAACUAAAAGAAAACCGGCAAGAUGGAAUCGGGAGAAAUCUGGUCAUGAAAUGAGACUUCCAAGCUGAUAAUGUAUAGACUGAUGGACAUGGGGAAUUCAAACCGGGAAGGGGGGAGAUUUGAAAUCCAAAGGCUGUGUAACCAGUUUUGAAUUUUUCUAUAUCUCUUAUUUUCUAUUUCUUUACAUAACUUACGCAUGUUAUUUUACUUUGAUCGGACGUGUUUAAAAAAAAGGGAAUUUGUGGAAGGAACUGGGGUGGAUCUUGGGGAAAAUCUUUUUUCUUUUUCUGUUAAUGAUGUGGGACGGUGGUAAGAUUUGUACAAUUCAAUCUGGAUAGUGGGUUAAACAAAUUAAGCUUUAAAUUGGGAGUGAGAGCUUGUAGAACCAAAUUAAGGAAAGGGGAAUACAAUUGGGGGAGGGGGAGUCCCAGAAAGUAGGGAAUGAAAGUAAGGUUUUUAAAUAUCUUCUUUCUUUUGUCUUUUUUCUUUGUAUUUUUAUAUUUUUGGAAACUUUAAUAAAUAUGAUUUAAAAAAAAUAAAAAUAAAAAUCUAAAGGUGGGUUUUUCAACAGUAUUUUAUAAAACAUUUAGAGAUUUAAUGGUCCCAUAUAUAUGUCUAAACUGUACAAUGAUACCUUAGCUGGAGGUUUAUUGCCACCAACCUGGAAACUAUCAAGAAUUGUAUUAAUUCCCAAACCUUAUAAGGUAAAGGACCCCUGGACAGUUAAGUCGAGUCAAAUUUGUCUACAUGAUGUGGCACUCACCUCCGCUUUCAGGCUGAGGGAGCCAGCGUUUGUCCACAGACAGCUUUCUGGGUCAUGUGGCCAGCAUGACUAAACCGCUUCUAGCGCAAUGGGACACCGUGACAGAAACCAGAGUGCACAGAAACGCCGUUUACCUGCCUGCCACAGUGGUACCUAUUUAUCUACUCCCACUGGUAUGCUUUCAAACUGCUAGGUUGGCAGGAGCUGGGACAGAGCAAUGGGAGCUCACCCUGCCAUGAGGACUGCCAACCUUAUGAUUAGGAUCGCCCAACAGUUGAGUAGAGAACUGUCAUGGACUGGCUGGAUGCAGAGUAGUAAUGGGAAGCUCCAGCUGGGGAACCCCCAGAGAAGAAGAAGGGGAUUGGUGAUGAGAUGACGAUGAGUGGUCAGAGGGAGAAAAGAGAGCAGACUGGGAGGAGGAGGUGUCAAGCUGAAGAAGCAACAGGGUUUGGUGAGCAGGAAGAGGCUGGGGCAGAUAACAUUCUAGAAUCAGAGACAGGAAGGGGGUGGGCAGGAGACAGAGAUUAUGCAGAAGAAUCCAAGGAGUCUCCCUCCCCUUCCCCCUGGUCUCCCAGAACAGUCAGAGAAACGAAGAAGGUGGAACAAAGAGAGACAAGAUGAAGGAGCCUUAGGCUGCUGGGGAAGUAAUGUCCAUUACUUUAGUGGGUCUGCUCUGAGUAGAAAUAACAUUGCAUCCAACCCAUAAAGUUUGAAUUGGUGCCAAAGAAUUGGAUGAAUGGAAAUUAAGAUUCAUGAGAUCACGUUAAUAAUUAUUUGUAUCCCUCCCUCUUCUCUCACUGAGGGAGAUAUACUUUUCUAUCCAGUAUACUGAUGGAUGGCACAUGAAACUGUAUAAGGCUUGCCCAAUGUGUAAGAGUUCAUGCUCCUCGAGUUUCAACCAGGUUAGUAAACCACUCCUCACCUUUCUUGGCUGAGGCUUCAAUCCGAAACGCACUUACUAUUGCAUUUCUGUUGAACUCCAUAGAAUUUAUUUCUCAGAGUAAACAUGCUUAGGGUUGCAUUGUAAAUGUAGCUGUGUGUAAUCUGGUAAUAAAUUGACUGCUGUUACAGUAAAAGCCAAAGAACCACUGGUUUAAAUAUAGAAUACAUUAUGUUAUGCAAUAUGGCCAAUUGGUGUCUCUCUAGUUCAGCAUUCAAGGAACAGAACAUUAUUUACCUAAUAAAGAAGUAUGAAGCAACCUUGCUACUCCCCCCCCCCCCCCCAGGAAUCUGUGUUGGGUUUCUUUGUAACACUGAUGGGAGUUCCUCAAGAAGGAAAGAGAAGGUGAAUCUUGUGUCUAAGACGUUACCCUGUUAGGCAUUUUUUACAUGGUCUUAGCAAUCCACACUUUCAUUUUUUUAACAGAUAUAUGCACAGCAGAUCUAAGAGGGCUUAUGUACUAAUAAAACUGUUACAUACGUAUGCAGUAAAUGUGUGCUUUUUAACCAUGUGUAUCUUACAGGUACAUGCACCAGGGCACUGUGGUUUGCUACAGCUUUGUCACAUGUACGCAUUGUAGCAAAUACAUCUUUGGCUGCAUAGCAUAUAAGGUUGCCAGUUUUACACUUUCAUUUCUUUGUGCCUCUGUACCUAUCCCAUCCUAUGAACUUGUGCACACAAGCAAAUUAACACAACUAGGCAACAGGGUCCUAGUACUAGGGCCUUCAAGGCCAGCACUAGAUUCUAGCACCACCAGCAGUGCAGCAUAGGCAAACAGUUACAUGGCUUGGAUAGGGAGGUGGGUUUGAUGACAUUCUGCUGCCUGUCAGGCCCAUUGGAGUCUCUUGUCACGUUGAGAUCAUGGAUGAAUUGGGAGUGGCUGGUGGUUUUACUCAAUUUGACAAUCAAAGGCUCAUGCCAGUCAUGGCAGCUUGCAUAUUUGUCACCACAGCAGAUAAACAGGAUUAGUCUAUUCUGAGUGCAGCUAGUGUGUGUUUGUUAUCUCACUUGCAUAUGUUUAUAGUCCAAGCACAACAAUUUUUAUACAUACACACACACCCCUCUCUUUUGGGGGUCUCAAGAUGCUGCUGUAGUGCUAAUAAUAGCUCAGUGACAGCUGCUGUGUGAAGGCAUAAAAAUCCUAGACACAAUUCUGUUCUAUCUCUCUCUCCUUGUAGACUGAGCUAGGAGAGUGUUCAAGCAAGAUAUAAUCUGACCUGCAAAGGCAUGCUGCAUGCUCUAUAAUGGAGCAUAUUUUGGGAUGUUUUGGCUUUAGUGACUGACUGACUCAGCUCUGUGCAAAUAACACUUGGUGAGAGUUGUCCAUCCCUUGGGAUGGCCAGAGAAGCCUUGGUUGGCUGCUUUAUGCUGCAAUGCACUUCUUUUCAAUGCUGUUUGCUCCUGUCAUACUUUUGCUAUCUCUGGUAUUUGCCUUUGUCUUAGUUGAUCUCCUUUAGCUAAUUUUGUUUUAUUGAUCUAAAAUGAGAAAGCACAUAGGGCAAUAAAAAGUCUCCAAAAAUAAGAAUGAAUCAGUUGUGGAAACGCUCUUGCAGACCAAGCAUUAUCCAAGGCUCAAAAAAGGCACUCCCUUUGAUUUCAAGUUUCUAGAAUGAAUAGUGUGUAAAUUCUCCCUUCUGUUUUCAUGUUUAUGGAGUCCCAAUCCAAAGACUGCUCUGGGUACAAACUUGCCCAUUUGCUUACAUGCUAAUCUAACUUGGGUAGCUGCUGCCAACCCACCCCUCUGUACACUCUGUACAUCUAGACAGAUAUGGUCUCCUGGAGAUUCAAAACAGCCAGGAGUAAGAUGGAUGUAGUGCAUGCACACCCUGCUUGCUUAAUUCACAUGGCUUUCCAACUACAGCACUACUUUUUCUCCCUAUUUUAAUGAGUAAUGUGUAUUGAGCAAUAGCAAAGCUUUACUGUUUGAAAUAGUUUUAACACAGGGAAUAAGAUCUGGCCAGGUAAGCGUGCUCUCAGUUUGCUGCGCAGUGUGACAGAAAAAGAUGCCCAUUUCAAAAAGUGCUGACUUUGACACAAAUGAAAAAUUGGGAGCGCUCCAGGUUAUUCUUCCUUUUAGCUGCGGCUUGAAGUUUCCAUUCCUGGCAUGAUGUCAGGCUCAGGAAAAGUGGGAGUGGUUUGCCCAAAAUGGCCUCAUGGGCCAGCCUCUGAGGCUUGUCGGGUGUCAUUAGGCCCACAGCCUAUAGGUUCCCGACCACUCAAUUAACAUAAACUCUUAAAUGUAGACACGUCAAAAACAAACAAAACAAAGGAUUGUGAGAAAUCAAGACAGUACAGCUAUUUAAAUGUCAUGGGUCAGGGUGCAAUUCUUAGUUCUACAGAGUUUAUUUUACAGAGUUAAUUCUGUCUCGGCCUGCAGAGAUAAGCACAUGCAUCUCUAGAAACUUGUUAUGUCAAAAUGAGGGAAAGCCUUCUUAUCAAAGGGACAAAUUCUUUUGCAGUGCAGUGAAAACACAGUCCCUCGUUCAUAAUGAAGGAUCUCUCUUUAGAAUAUUUUGAAGUUGUAAUGAACAGUGAGUGGGCAGUUGCUGAGGGUGUAAUUGCUCAGGGUGACUUGGAAAACGGAAACUGGAUUUUAGAAUUCCUAUUAGCAUAGUGACCAACCAAAGAUCUCACAGGAAGAUGCAGUAAAGGAGGAUAAAGAAUUGUGGUCAAUGUAGAAUCUGCCCUGUUCUCACUGAGGGACCAACGCAUAGGGCAAGGCUAGUCGGUUUUUACAGCACCAAGGACAGCUCUUAGUGGGCAACUUCCUACAACAUGGGUUGCAUUGAACUGAGCUCUUUUGUGGCUCUGCCUCCAGUCCACCUCUCCUAGGCUUUGUCCCCUUGUGGAAGACUAGGGCCAGCCUUUUGGUCAAAAGGUAGGCAGUUCUGUGUAUCAUAACUUUCUGUCUGCUGUGCUCCUAGCAGCACUCAACUGGCAAGGUAUGGUAUGGGGGGCACUUGCUCCUCAAACCUAGGUGAAAGUGCUCAUGAGGGUCCUAGCUCCAGUUCUGUGGACUCUGGUGCUGUGAGAGUUGGAUUAGUGGACUCCUGUCUGUCAACCUGAGGUUCAGUGGUCCCUCAAUCAUCAACAUAGUGCUCAGAGCCAGGAACCCAACUUGACUCCUUAGCUUGAUAGUACUGUAGCCUCAGAAUUGGUGUCUCAGUCACUGCUAGACUCCAGGACCCAGACUCCGGAGGAAUUUGAGGCAGGGGAAAUUAUCUGCAUUUGCAAGGGUGUACCUUUUUUCCUUAGUGAAUUAAAUAUAUCUGUUUCUGAGGUCACUAUGGCUAUGAAAUGAAUAUGCAAAACAGACUAUUCCCCAGCCCACCGCUCUGUUUGCAGAUGAGAAUGGGAAGCUACUAGGUUCUGUCACUGAGACGUCUGAUGAUUGUUCAUGCAUUCAUCUGCAGUAUUUCAGCUUUUCUCUCAAAAAGGCUUAAGGGCUUUCUAGGCAGUCACUUUUCAAUGCAGAUACAUGCAUAGUUACCCACUGGUUUGUGCAGAGUUUAAAAGGGUUCCUUCAGGUUGCUUCAGUUGCAGCAGUAUCUAAUUUUCCCUGCACUGGAUGCAUUGUGGUCUUCAUACCUGAAAAUGACGUUCUUCCCCCAGAGAGUAUAUUCAUCACUUUUGUGUGAUUGCUGUGGAUAAUGUAUUUAUACCAAAGUGAGUAAAAAUGUUGCUGUGAAGGCAGAGAAGCCUGUGACUGUUCUUGAGAGAAUGUAUGGACAACCCCACAUGAUCCGACGAAAGGCCCAUGUGUCCAGCAUUCUGUUCCCACAGUGACUAACUACAUGGUUACAGGAAGCCUGCAAACAGGACAUUGGAAUGCAACAGCACUCUCCCCAGCAACUGGUAUUCUGCCAGAUUAUAAUUCUGCUUCAGACAUUGGAGGUAGAACAUAACCACCGUGGCUGGUGGCCAUUGAUAACCCCCACCUCCAUGAAUUGUAUAAUCCUCUUUUAAAGUCAUCCAAGUCAUGGACAUAGCCAUGGGGGAGGGCAGCUGCCUCCCCAAUAAAUAAAAAUCAAUAAAAAAACAUUUCUAACUGAGGUUCUGCCCCCCCCCCCAACAAAUGGCCUAUCCCCCCCCAAUCCUGGCUAUGCCCAUGAUCCAAGUUGAUACCCAUUACUAACUCUUACGGGAAUUAAUUCCAUAGUUCAACUAUGUGCUUUGUGAAGAAAUGCUUCAUUUAGUCCGUCCUGAGUCUUCUAAAAUUCUGCUUCAUUGGCUGGUCGUUGGUUCUAAUAUUAUGAGAGAGGUUUUAAUAUUAUCUACCUUUCCCCCAAAUGCAUAAUUUUAUACACCUCAAUCAUCUCCCCUCCUUACUCGUCUUUCCCUGAAAUGUUGUAACAUUGCUCCAAACCUUUGAUCAUUUUGGGUGCCCUUUUUUGAAGAGAGAGAGCUCCAUAACUCCCCCCCCCUUUGAGUAUGAUUACUAAAACUGUUAUUACUCUCAUUCUUGUUUGUAGGUUCUUUGUGCAUCUACUGUGCAGUUUCAGAAGAUCCUGGUACUGAAGGACUGACUUCAACCUCCUUCAUGGAUUUCUCAGCAAUGUCUCACUUAGAGUCUCUAGAUACGAGCGAACAGCCAAACUUGGAGGUGUCAGAGCCAGACCUUGUCCCCAAUGCCCUGCUAGCCUCACCUGGUUCGGGCUUUUCCAGCGAGGAGAAUGAAGAUUCCAAGAUCCUUCAGUCCCAGUAUAUUUGGGAUGAUGGCGGAGACAUAAAUGAUUCCAGCUUGUAUGUGGGACAGUCAUCAGGUAGUCUGUUUUAUCCCUUUCCCCCCUUUUUUUUCCCUUUGUAAGUUGUUGGGAACACCUCUGUUCUCUCACAUGGAUGUGAUUUUGGCUGAAGAAAGAUGGGAUUCAUUUUAACUUCACGUCUCUUUCCAUUGAGUUGUGUGUGCAAAGCUUAAGAGUCCCAUGAGAUGGAAUCCUCUCAUGGGUGCUUCCAGGCAGGCAUAUUCCAGGACUUUCUAAUAAUUGCUCUUCCACUGUUAGCUACAAGGAAAAUUGCCAUUGACUUUCCACACUUUGGGAGGUAUAGAGGUGUGGGUGUAAGUAUCAUGCUAUAAUACAGAUCUGAAACUCAGAAAUGGCUGAAAUGGUGGCAGCAAAGUGUUUCCAAAAUCAGUUUUACUAUUAGUGCAUUAAUAGUUAGUGCUAAUAAAUAAUAAAAAUCACAAAUUUUAAAAUAUUGAUAAAAUGGUGAUAACCGGAAAGGAACUAGAGAAGGAGCACCCAAGUAUCUAGAUUUGCUGCCAAAGGUAUUACUGCACGUGUAAAAACUAUGCCUCUUGGAAAAGACUGAAGAUUAGCAAUCAGCUGCGGAUAUUGUUCUCCUGUUCCAUUCUUUACCAGAAGGUUUUCUGUGGUAAAAAGAAAAAAAGAGAGAUAGAAGUAGCAUGUGGAAGACACAGGUGGACAACGAUUUGGCAAUAACACUAUGUAAAUGAAGAGUGAAAUGUGGCCAUUCUACAGUAAGCAUCCACGGUGGGGAAACAUGUAGGUUGAGUUGGGUAAGUUUGGGAUGAGGGAACAGAUGCCUCUUUGGGAUUAGAAGGUUGUGGGAAGAGUAGAGCUGUUGAGGCUCCUGAUCAUUGUCAUGCAAGCUGGAUAGCUCAGGGGGACCUAUGGGACAGCUUCUGAACAGGAGUUUCUUGUUAAAUAAGCACUGCACAUUCUGCAGGUCUGCAACCAAUAUUAUGUACAAGUAUAACACCAUAGUGAUAUAACUAAUGCAUGGAAGCUACUGCUGCAUUAGGACUUGGCAGAAAUAGUUGCUAAAAUCUUAUUCCUCCUCUCCCCACUCCCCAUAUUGCCUUUCCUCAAAGCCUCGUUUUUCAAAAGAUAUCCUUUGCAAAAAAAAGACACCCCACCAUUUUAAGAGCGUGCUUUUGAUAUGCCUGCUGAGUGAGAUAUGAGGUGAAAAAGGGUGUGAGCAUAUUUGGUUUUUCUGCAAAGCUCAGGAGUUUAUCUUGUGCAAUCUUGACCUGAUUUUCAGGCAUUGCAUAUUAAGCACAAUGCAAGAAGUUGACCUUCAUCCUUUAUUGCCACCCCUACUGCCUUCUGUGCUUCCAUUUUUCUCUCAGUGGGUACCAGCCUAGUUUGAGUUUAGUCUGUUACUAGAAUACUAUAUCCUUUCAAGAUGUCUCUUUCUAUAGACACCUGCCGGAAAGAACCUUAGCCUUCUGCUAGGAUAAAGACUACAUUAUCAAUAGCAAGCCAUCUUACAGUUCCCUCUUGCUCAUGUCAUUCUCAUCCACAUAUAUUUAGGAACCUGACUGAGGUAGAAGGAAAGAACCCUGACUCUCCAACAUAACCUCUUCCCUUUCUAAGAAGCUGCUAUUUAUGCAUUGCAAUCAUCCAUGUUUUCUUCUGAGUCUGCCUUUUAUAAUUUUGCCAAAUGCUUCUCUAGCCUUUGGCUGAUUAAUACUCUACAGCCUUUUAAAUGCCUUUGUGGGAGGAGGGUUAUUGGUUUGUUGUUUUUGUUUUAACUAUUUAUUUGUUCUUUUACCUUGGGAUCUUGUGAACCACCCUGAGAUCUUAUGAUGAAGGGCGGUAUAUAAGUCCGAUAGAUAGAUAGAUAGAUAGAUAGAUAGAUAGAUAGACAGAUAGAUAGAUAGAAAAUAAGCUGUUGUGUUUUCCACAUGCCUGUUCUUUGUAUCAAUAGUAGAUGUUGAUAGCUGAAACAGUGCAAGUCUGUGCAUCUGUGGCACAACGCUAGUGUUUAGAAGCAGUCUCACAACCUCCUUGCUGCUGUUUGUGUCUGCACCUUUGGCAUAUAAAUCAUUGGGUAGCUUUGGAUGAAAGAAAUAAAAGUUCAACAACCAUCUUUGUCAGAAGAUGAAGAGAAAAAGGAACACUCUUGCAGAGGCAUCCCUGAGCUGGGAAGCUAAGAUUUUCAUAAUGGGCCUAAGUUUUUGAAGAAACCAUUCAAAAUAUAGUAAUGUGCUUUGUAAUGUAGGAUAUUACGAAGUGUAACACUCGAGUCUUAGUGUAAGAGAGAGGGUGGCGGGGGCAGGGAGGUCCUGGCAUAACUGUGAGGAAUCAUGAGCUGUGAAAUACAGCAUUUAUCAAGAUGUUUGUUAUCUCCCCUGUGUUUUAAUUUAGUAUUACAUAUUUACUAAUGGGAUAGAAAAGUUUCCUGUCACGAUAUUUAGACAGUGCUGGUGUUGGAGCUUUGGGCAGUUUAAUUGUGAUUCUUAUGUGCAACGCCACAAAAAGCUUCCCUGUUCUGGUGUUCCGUGCAACUGCCAUAGUAUUUUGACAAGUUCUUGCCAUGCAUGCUAACCCAGUAACUGAAAAAUAUGCAUAUUACUAGAAAUACAUGUAGAAAACUGAAUAGAACUUUAUGUGCUUUGAAUAGACUUGGACAUGUCUAGGUACAUGCUUUCCAUUUCCACUUGUACAUAAAUACUUGCACGAUUGUGCUCCAUUUUGGGCAUUAUUUCCUACCUAUACCCAUUUUAUUUUCUAACUGUGAAGCAUUUGUUAAGGGCUGCAUUCUUCCAAAUGCCUAUACAUCCACACACACCUGGAUGCUUCAGAUAUCACAUAUCCAGUCCCAACAUGCUUAUAUCACACUUUCCCUCAUAUGAUCACUUAAACACACACAUACAAGUUAUUCUUUUAUCAGGAAGCCCCUAAACCAAACCAACCGGUCAAACAAACUGUGAUUUACAGCCCAAGUCUGGAGGGCUCACACAAACUACGGGAGGAUCCAAUGUUCAUUAAACUGGUCCCGUGAGGAGUGUGAGGGGAGCAUGUUAGCAAAGAUCUUGCUCUUGAUCCUCUACUGUACAGUCUACACCAUGAUUUGGAGGACUGGAAACAUGGCCCCUAAACCAACUCAAUGUCUUUAUGGCAUUUAAUUUACUUAGUUUGUACAACAUAUUGAAUUAUUCAACAGGUUGAGUGCUGAUUUCUGUUUAAAAGUUAAUUAGAAACCCUGCUGCUUAUUAUCUUGCAAUGAAUUAUAAUAAGUGGUUCUAAAUCAGAAAUUUGUAACAAUGACUUCCAUAAGCAGAGCAAGACAGGUUUUUAAGCACCGCCUAUAUGCCAGUGUUGUAGCAAUAAACUGUGUUUUUCCAACAAACCACAUGACAGUUCUUUUAGGAAGUACUAUACAAAAAAUGAUUGUUGUCUCCCCCCCCACAUGACCUAAGGAUAUGAGGGCACAGAGCAACACUUCGCCCAGCAAAACCACCUCUGCAGUGCCAUUAGUCAUGGACUAGAAUUGGUGGGAGAGGCUUGUGUUUCAAAGGGCUCUUCCAGAAUGCUAUUGAAAAUUGUCAUUUUCCAAUUUUUGUUUGUUUUAGCCCUCCAUGGCUCUUAGUGCAUACAUAGACAGAGGAAUAGCACAUUGUGUGUUUCGAAAGGAAGAGUGUCUCACAACAGCCCCCACUCAGUGAAUAGAGGAAAAUCCAGCCUUUGUUGCUUACUGACUAACACAACUAACAAACUCAGUUUCAGGCACGUCUAAAAGUAAAUGUACCCCUGCCCAUACGGGCCAGUCUUGUCUGACUCUAGGGUUGUGCGCCCAUCUCACUUAACAGGCCGUGGGCCAGCGCUGUCCGGAGACACUUCCAGGUCACGUGGCCAGCGUGACGAAGCUGCUCUGGCGAGCCAGCACCAGCGCAGCACAUGGAAACGCCAUUUACCUUCCCGCUAUAAAGCGGUACCUAUUUAUCUACUUGCACUUAAGAGUGCUUUCGAACUGCUAGGUGGGCAGGAGCUGGGACCGAACGACGGGAGCUCACCCCGCCGCGGGGAUUCAAACCGCCGACCAUACGAUCGGCAAGUCCUAGGCGCUGAGGUUUUACCCACAGUGCCACCCGUGUCCCUUCCGUUCAGGCACGUCUACUCAGCAGUAAACCCUAUUGAGUGCAAAGGGACUUCUCAGGUAAAUGUGUUCGUUCCUUCCUGCCUGUACCCCUCACUCUGGGUCGCCUCUUCCUCAUAAGUAAGCCCCACUGAGUGUAAGGGGGUUUCCUCCCAGGUAAAUCCACCGAGAAAGGAGAGAAAUGUUUGCCUGGAAAGGAACAGCAGCAACAAUGAAAAAGAAAUGAGGCAAGGAGGGAUGAGGUUUGGGGAGCAGCACAGAAGAGGAGCUAAGAGACAGAGGGAAAUGGGAUAGUCCCCAAACUAUGAUAUGGCAAACGCAUGUUGCACGGCACAUUGGCAUGUAAUCAUUUUAGAAAACCUUUCUGUGUUACUAUUGGUUAGGAAAAAACAGGUUUUAGCUCCAGAAAAAAAACUGAAAUGUCACCCAGGCAGUGGAAAUGUCAUGUGGUUCAUACUUCAAAAAUGCAGGAACAGGAAAUCUACAAGAUGAAUUUGGAGAUGCUGCUGAUAAGCCAUUGGUUGCUAAUUGCAGCCACUUUCUCUGCUUAGUUCCAGAUACAUUAAAGGAACAUUGAAAUUGACUAGGGGCGAAUCUAUACUGGUUGGUUAUAAUGUUAAAAAUGCAUUAUAAAAAUGUGACAUCAGAGGCCGCCGCAGAGCAGUGAUCUGUCGGCAAUGGGAAAUUGCAUUGAGAGCUACCGUAUUUUUCGCACUAUAGGACGCACUUUUUCCCCUCCAAAAAUGAAGGGGAAAUGUGUGUGCGUCCUGUGGUGCGAAUGCAGGCUUUCACUGAAGCCUGGAGAGCGAGAGGGUCGGUGCACACCGACCCUCUCGCUCUCCAGGCUUCAGGAGAGCCCCAGCGCCAGCCCCACAAGGUCGGGGGACAGAGGGAGGCGGAACGCCGCCAUCCCGCUGUCUCCCGAAGUGGUUUGGAGGCUGACGGCGGGGAGACCCCGCCGCCGGCCCCGCAAGCUCCGGGGACAGCUGGGAGGCGCAGCGCGUCUCCCCGCUGUCCCCGGACCUGAUCUGAAGGCGGGCGGCGGGGAGAAGAGCGCUUCUCCCCGCUGCCUGCCCCGCUAGCUCCGGGGACAGCUGGGAGGCGCAGCGCGUCUCCCCGCUGUCCCCGGACCUGAUCUCAAGGCGGGCGGCAGGGAGAAGAGCGCUUCUCCUUGCUGCCUGCCCCCAAGCUCCGGGGACAGCCGCAGCGCGUCUUCCCGCUGUCCCCGGACUUGAUCUCAAGGCGGGCGGCAGGGAGAAGAGCGCUUCUCCCCGCUGCCUGCCCCGCAAGCUCCGGGGACAGCUGGGAGACGCAGCGCGUCUUCCCGCUGUCCCCGGACCUGAUCUCAAGGCGGGCGGCGGGGAGAAGAGCGCUUCUCCCCGCUGCCUGCCCCACAAGCUCCGGGGACAGCUGGGAGGCGCAGCGCGUCUUCCCGCUGUCCCCGGACCUGAUCUCAAGGCGGGCGGCAGGGAGAGAGCGCUUCUCCCCGCUGCCUGCCCCCAAGCUCCGGGGACAGCAGGGAGACGCAGCGCGUCUUCCCGCUGUCCCCGGACUUGAUCUCAAGGCGGGCGGCAGGGAGAAGAGCGCUUCUCCCCGCUGCCUGCCCCGCAAGCUCCGGGGACAGCUGGGAGGCGCAGCGCGUCUUCCUGCUGUCCCCGGACCUGAUCUGAAGGCGGGCGGCGGGGAGAAGAGCGCUUCUCCCCGCUGCCGGCCCCACAAGCGCCUGGGGGGGAAAUAAUUUUUUUUUCUUUAUUUUCCCCCCAAAAAACGUGAUGCGUCCUAUGGGCCGGUGCGUCCUAUGGUGCGAAAAAUACGGUAUUUAUCAUGGUUUUUUAAAUAGCCUUUAAUAGCGUUUUUACAGAUCUGUGUAGAUCCAGCCUAGAUCACAUUCUACAUAGCCACUGGUCUAAUCAAUGUCAUUCCCAAAGGGGAAUGUUGAACUUGCUCCUUAUAAAAGGUUUUCUGAAUGUAUACAUGGGCAUGUGCUCUGAGCAGAAGGAAAAGCGUAUUACUUCUCAUGAGCACUAUCCAAUAGGUGCCUUCAGCAACACUCCUUCCCUUGAGCUUGUACUGAAAGCAUCUGGUUUCUGUGCACAGACUGACAACAAAUUUACAUCUUUUAAUCUCAUCUUUAGCCAAGCAUUAAUGAAAUUAAGUGUCUUGUAAAGACAACACCUAAGAGGCUUAGUGCUGAGCAGCACUCUGCCUGGGAACUGCUGGUGUGUGUCCGUAGUUUCUUUUGUGCCCUGGGUUUAAAUGGACAAUGGCAUUUUAAAUAGAUAAUUCUUAUGCUGGGUUUUUUCUCCCUAUGCCAGCAUGGUCCAAUUUAAAGGUUAAAGUUCAUUGAUGACCAAAAAUUGCAGUUGCUGAUGGGACACUUGUUUCAUUACAUAGAUGCUUCUUCCAGAGGUCCUGCUAAAUGAGAGGUGGGUAAUCUCACUCAUUGCUAUUACAGAUCCUAUAACACAAGAUUAGAGUGUGAGCACUAGCUUUCUGGCCAAAUUCCAACUUUGAUAAUUGCUUUCUGUUUCCUCAAUAUCAUCCACUCAUCUGUCUUCAAGGCCUCUUUACACGUGGCAUUUUUCCUACAUAGGAAUCUGUGAAGAAUGGAACACAAACUGUUGUUGGCGUUAAUAAUUGUGAAGUACAGCACAAGCAGCAUUAUUCUAUGAGCAGAUGUGCCAAGAAUUAAGCACACCUUUCUGGAUUGUGUGCUUACCACAAAACGAAUAUUUCUGAUGUACUUUACAGGUGUCAGUAUACAUUCUCCCCCCACACCAUCACCACACGGAGAUAGUUUGUGUGUCAGCAGUGUCAUGUAUGAAAUGGAUCUCAUUCCUCCUCCAUUUGUGUAGUAUAAAUGGCAUUGGUACUUAUUUGAUUCUAUAAUCAGAUAAGUGUUAAGAAGUAGGCAUACUGACUUUAGAAUUGUUUUAUGAAGUUGAUGGACCAUUUCGGAAGCUGAUCGUAAUAGAGAUGAAUGUUCUCUUGAUGGAAAAGCAAGAGAAACCUUUUUUUUUUUUUUAAUAAGAUGGCUUCUACUUAGCAGUAAUUCAAUUGCUAGUUAAUAUAAUUUCCCUCUGUUUAAUCAGAUAAAUCCGUUACAGCCAGAUUGCAUCUCUUAAAAGUAAGACAGUGGGCCCUCCCUUUUCCAAGUAUGGCUUUGUUGUUGUUGUUGUUUGUUUGUUUGUUUGUUUGUUUUAAACUUACCCACAGAUAUACAUCGGUGGUUAGGAAAAAAUAAUUAUUAGAUUAGCACUACCAUGUGGGCAGUCUUUGUGUCGACUGCAGACAAAAUAGGUGGAGCUUGAACAUAGGAGAACUGCUGCAUCAGACCAAAGUUUCUCUAAGUUAAGUAUUCUUUUCCCACAGUGUCAAACUAGGUACUUCUGGAAAGCCCAGAAGCAGAACAUUAAGGCACCAACCCUCUCCUGUUGUUGCUCACCAUCAGUAUGCCUCUGAACCUAAAGAUUGCAAUAGUCAUUGUGACUCAUAGCCGUGAAUAGCCUAUCCUCCAUGACUUUGUCUAAUCCCUUUUUAAAGCCAUCUAAGCUAGGACUAUCAUUAUGUGUUUGCGCAGUGACUUCCAUAAAUUAAUUAUGCACUGUGUGGAAAAAAAGUGCUUCCUUUGUCCUGAUUCUCAUGCUGGGCAAGGAGAUUACCAGCAUGAAUCACUUCUACACUUCAAUUUAUGAUCAAUUGUUUGCAUUUUUACCAGAUUCUGAACACCUUUUAGCUCCUGUAUGGAACAGACUUUACACUGAAGUGUUUCUUGGUGGGUUCCAGGUGGCUGCUUGGUUGCCAUAAUAUAUGUAUGGCUGGCUUUUCCCUUUUUAAAGAAAUAAACUCUUGGCUUUAGUGGUAUUAGAUUGGGACACUGUUUUGUGCCUCUUAUAUUUAAACUAUUAAGGAAGAUUAGAAAGCAAGAAAUGGCUGGUCGUACCUUGUGAAUUUUCCUCUUAUGAUCUACUUGAUCUAAUAACUGGUAGCCUGUUUUGCCCUUUAUGCAUUUGUUUUAGUAUCUCCAUUCACUCAAAGAUAAAAUGUAUUAUGAGUUGCAAAAAGGAACACAAGCAAAAUCAUCUCCUUGCACCUACCCUUUAAAUCAUUGUCUUUGCAUUACCUUAGGCAGGGCUUUCCUUCCCACUGGGGACAGGUUAUGUUUUGGUUUUUUUCCAGCAAGCUAUCCAAUGUCCAUCUUGAGGACCUUAAAGCAGAGUACAUCAUUUCCUUAGGGAGAGCAUAUAAUGUUCAGUUCAUGAUCUGUGGCUCAGAGUUAGGAUAGUUACUUCAUGAAUCGCAUUUGUGCUCUGGCCAGCACCGUUUGGAUUAAGAUUUUCAUCUGAAGUUAGUAGGCCAUCUGAAUGAAGACUGGCAGGGGCAGCCUUGGCUAAAGCAGCAGGCUUGUGUGUGUGCCCGCCAGCUCAGAGGACUAAACUAACAUGCUGGGCCUGUGAGCUGUGUAGCUCAUUGAGGGGGAAAAGGAAGUAUGGCGUGUGAACAGCACUGAAGUGAAGACAGUAGCUUGCACUAAACGAGAUGUUGAAACACCCCAAAGGUAGGUUGUGUUUACGUGACACAUUUUGAUUCUGGUGCAAAUGGAGCUGCUUUUAAGGCAAAAUAUGAUACUAAAGCUGGUUUAGAGUUUGCAAAUAGAACAGCAGAGAUACAGCAUAUUAACAUAGUCUAGAGAGAUCAAAUGACCACAAAUAGGAGCCAACAGAAUAGAAACCAUUCUCUUCUAAGGUAUCUAAAGCUGCAUUCACAAUAAACACAAGUCAGCAGCAUUUGUAUUAAUUAUGAUGUUGUUACAGAGUGCAUGUCUUUUUAUCCAGGGAGGUGGUAUUCACUGCCACACAACAACACCCCAGAAUUCUAGACUUUGUCUUAUGGGAUAUGAAUUGGACAUCAUGGCAGCAGUCCAGCAACAUGUGCAAUUAAGCCCAGGUCAGAUACUUAGUGAUAGUGCUGAUCAGCUGUUGUUGGGGAAACUAAAUCAAGCCCCCUGCUGCCCUUUGAGCAGCUGUUUGGCUGCAUCACUUCUUCUUUUUUCUUAUUCACUUGGGCUAUGUGCAUUCAACUUGAUUGGGGGAGAAACCCUACCUCCUAAAAUUCCAUAAAAUUGGAAUGUGGAAAGUAGUGCUGAGGGGAGAGAGUGAGUGAGUGAGUGUGUGUAAGAGAGAGAGAGAGAGAGAGAGAGAGAGAGAGAGAUGCUGUGGGAUUCGCCAUGGUGUCAGAGUUCCUUCGCCAUGAGUAUGUAGUGCCAUUUGAGAUUCUCUGUAUCUUCUGUGUGAACUUAUAGUAUAUCAAUAUUGGCUGUGCAUCAGGGAUUAGAUACGCUGAUUAAAUGCAACCCACCCCCUUACUCAUCACCCUUUCACAAUGGACGUGCUUCUUCUGUGUGUGCAAUUGGGGGAAGGAGCCAAUGUGGGCACUGCAAGGGGUUGCCUGGCUGGAGCUAGUCAUGGGUGACAAGGCUUUGGAUGGAUGCUGGGGUGAAAAGCUUCUUCUUUUGCCCACUGGUUGACUGGAACUUUACUGUUUGCAAAACUUGGUGGUCAUGUAGUGAGGUUUUCACCCUCAUCGUAGAGCUAUGUAAGUUGAGUAUAAGCUUUUGCCAUAACUGUAUUUGUUGGAAAGGGAGGUGAAUUGGGCAGGAUCUGUAGUCAAAUGGAGGAACCACAUAGGGGAUCUUAGGUGAGGUUGCUCCAAAGACUAAGCUCAAGCUCAUGGGACUGAGUGAGGGUUAUCAUUAGGCACACAGGUUGUGGGCAGGGGCCUGUGCCAGGGUGGGUCCCUGAUGCCUAUAUAACUCUUCUGAUUCCCCCAGCCUCUGGGCUGGGGAGGGAUUCAUCAUCCAGCAGUUGGGCUGUCCAAAAACUGGAUACUUGACCUAAGCUAUACCACCUGGAUUAUUACCAUAAUCAAUAAAAGUUGUGUCCAGUGAGCAAUUAAACUGACUAUGGAAUAUUUAUUUCACUGUAGGGUGAAGGUGAGUAAUAAAUAAAUAAAACAAAAUAAUCAAUGUCUGUAUUUAGAUACUCAGCCUGUUGAGCAUGAAUGAUUGGCAAUGAAUCAUUUUUAAGGGUUUAUGACCAAUGUACAUUGUGCUUCAUAAAUGGAGUUUUUUUUCAUACUCUGGAGAGUGUUUUGAACAAAGAAGAAAAAUGUCAAGGGGAAAAGAAUGAAUGUUUCUAAUGCGGGUGAAUGAAAUUUGCACGUACCAUCUACAUGAGAAUGUAAGAUUUUAAGCAUUGUGUAGCUCUGCUGGGAAAAUGGGUUUUGACGAGCAAUUUGAAGUAAAGUGAGAGGAUAAAGCUGCCUGGGGAAGUUCAGCUUGAAGGAGCUGAGAGAGAAAAUUGGUGAAGUCUUUUGAGACAGAAGGAAAAUUUCAGGUGAAUAAGGAUGGUAGAUCAACUAGAAUAAUUGGUUGCUAACUAGACAUCUAUGCAGUGUCAUAUAAGGUAGAAGAAGAUUUCAGGAGUGUGUUUCCUAUUUCUCGGUCUUCCUGGAUUGUUUGUUCAUGAAACCUCUUCUCCUCCUCACUUUAGAUUACAGUUUUCCACUAGCCUCCCAGAAGGCCCUGCCUAAACGAAAUGGGACACAAGCUAAAAAUCCUUGGGAAACAUCCACUCUCCAUCAGCCAUCUGAUUCCCUUGAACCUGACUCUGAAGCUCCUUCCACCAGUGUCCUUGAGGAAGAGGAAGGAUUACUUCCUAUAAACCAGUCAAAGGGACCUGCUCAGAGCAGCCAAACACCAGACACUUUUCCUGAAGCACCUAGCCAGGACUCAUUGUUCUCAAUUCUUUUCUCCACAACAACCAGCAGAAUGGGUCCAAUGACUGAAACAGCUGCAGACAAGCAAGAGGAAGAAUCUGCUCCUGAACAUGUUUCCUCAGGCUUUGAUCUAGGGAGCAGUAUGGGACCCAGCCUCUUGCCUCUGUCCUCCAUUUUGUCAGCCACUCCGAAAGGACCUCAGCUUGUCUCAGAGGUCCCUGUCGAGGUUUCUUCAGAAGGUACAGUAAGAGGAGGGGUGGGACUCAGAGAACCCAUAGCAACAAUAGGUACAGUGGGAGCCGAUGUAAAAGAAGUGGAAACCACAAGAGGGGAGAGGCAAAAGCCCAUAGCAGGAGCUGAAAUGGGACAAAGAGAUUCCAUAGAAGGGACAGUGGCCCCAGAAAUGGCUACAGCGGAGAAGACGGGAGAUGAUUUUCUAAGAGCAGGAUCGCAUGGGGACAGCACUCUUGUUGCUGAGACGUUUUCUAGGUCUUCUAGCAGCCCAUCAAACCCCAGCUCUUCAGUGGGUUUUUGGGACUGGACUGAUAACCCAGCUCCUACUUCCACUCCCAAUCAGAAUAGAACAAAGCUGCCAGUCGCAGCAACUACUGCAGCAGAACGGAGCUUUGCACUGCAAACUGAAGAUGUCCACACGGCUGUGCUGUCCACAGGAGUGCCUUGGAGUUUGACACAGGUAAUAUUCCUCUGUGUGUGUGUCUGUGUUCAUGUUGAAUAUUUCCGUUAUAAUCCAGUGUUUCAAAGGCAAGGGCAAACAACUUGCAUACAUUUACUUAAAUUUCCUUCAUGCUAGUACGAGUGUGAAAUGGCCUUUAAAUUUUUAAGCAGCAACAUAAAAGACAUGAAUCUGAAAUGCUGUAGAAGUAUAGCCGUGUUGAGGUUUAGGAGUAACAGCUCUUGAGUCCAGGUUUUAUAGUCCAGGAAUUUUCAGUUCCUGAAUUGUAGAAGACAUCCCCUCUUCCUCAUUGAUUCCUUCCAACUGGAUCUUUUUCAGAUUUCUUCUAUAAAGCAUACACUCCUGUUUCAUCCAAUAUCUAGUAAAUGGUACUUGUGUAUUAAAGGCUCCUCAUUUAAACAAGAGGGAAUGUUUUUCUAUUCCAUUGAGCUGUGGGAAAUGAACCUUGAUUUGCUGCGUUUUAAUACAUUUUAAAUCAUCGAAACAAAUUCUAUGCGGUUAUUGUCAACGUAUUUUAUUCCAUAGUUAAAGGUUAGAAAAAUAGUGCUGACAAACAGCUGUAUUUCAACCUUGAAGUUAGUUUCAGGGGAAUUAAUUCUGGUGAACACACAGUAUUAUUAUUUUAAUACAGAAACUAAUAUUCUAAUCUGCAAAAUGAGAAAGUCAAUUGGUACUAAAAGGUAGACAAUAAGAAGAUGCCAUGAAUAUGAGUCACUUGUGGUGCAUUGCGUGGAAGAAGUUUUCCCUACUGGAGCAAUGUGGCCUUCAAGUGCAUAGUUGUGCAUAAGAACAAUUAGUGCUCUAUGAUGGGUCUUUGAGGACCCCAUAGUGAGAAUGCAUUCAUUCAAAUGGGCCACUCCUGUGAUCAGGCAAGGCAUCCUAGCAUUUAGUUCCAUCUGGAAAAUAGCAGAGUAGAUUUGUCUCUGUCAAAAAAGAAAAGGAGGUGGUGGUGGAAUGCCACCCUGGCAAUUAGCACAAACUGCCUCAUCAUCUUAUUGUGUUCGGUAGAGCCAACCAAGGAUAGGUUGCGCUACAGAAAUAAGUGAUACUCCUUCCCAAAGGGGUAGUUCCAGUCUUUCAGUUAAAGUGUAUGUUCAUGACAAGAAAGGAGCAGAGGACGCUUUCUGCUUUUGGAGACCAUGAAGAAUUGUGUCAUUUUCCCUGUUAACAAACAAGCAUUUAUUUUAAAUAUUUGUAAGCUGCCCUUCACUUUAAAAAAACUCCUAGGUGCUCAUAGCCACAGAAGCAAUAAUUGCAACCAUAGGAUAAAAACAGCAGAAAAAUUAAAAGCGUUUCAUACAAUACAGCUAAAAACCAGCAGCAUCAAUAAAAAAAAAAAUUCCCACAGUGUUAAAAGAUGCUGGAUAACGUUCUGGAAAGCGGGACAAAUAAAAUAAUUUUCACUCACACUCAGUGCUGGUAGGACAUGAGGUUUGGCCCCAGGGAGUUUCCCUAGGAAGGGAAUUUUUAAAAUAUGCAUUUUGACUGAGAAGUCCCUCUUCCUGGUCAUCACAACCUUAACGUUACAAGGCAGGGGGACCUGAAGAAGGUCUCUGAUGAUGAGUGUAACAUUCAGGCAGGCUUGUGUGGAGAAGGUGGUUCUUUAGACAUUUCUUUUUAAUGCAUGCUGCUGAACAUGGGAAAGAAUAGACCUUAACUCACUUCUUUACACAGAAUUUAGGCCAAGAUUUUGGGAAACAAGAUUACUUUCCUAUAUGCCAGCAAACGCUUGUCAAAUAUAUUAUUGCAUGCUACCCCAAUCUCUGAGUGGUGAGAGAUUCCAGAGGUGCCUGCACUUUACCUAAUGUUUGGUUUCCUUAGAAUGAAGUGGAGGCUGUGGUGUCUUUAGGAUAUAUGUCUUUAUUUAUACAUAUAUACAAUCUGAGCAUAGGAUGAAGGGUCUCACAGUAUUAACACCCCAACAGAUCUUGCUUCUCCAUUAAGUUUUCAGACAAGCUCCCAGGUCACAGAUCCAACACAGAGCAGAUGUGUGUUUGUCUCCAGUAUCAGCCAAUCCCUCAUACCAGCCAGGUGAGGGGAGCAGAAGAAAUGCCUAACCCCUCCUGGACAGCACCAUCACUUAGUUAUAGCUCUUGCAACCUAGCUCAUUCUUUGAGAUCCUGAAGAGAGCACUUAAAUAGUCAGCUAAUACCAUUAUAUUUCAAACUCGUAGCCUCUUCUACUAGAUUAGGGAGAACUUUGACAUGAAACCUGUGGGCUGCUCACUGAUUUGUCAUGGGGAGUGAUUCCAAAAUUUGGCUACAACACUCAGAUAAACAUGCCGGUACUUGAAAGAAGUGGGUAAGCUUGACUGAAGCAUGUGUGGGAAGGGCAAAAAGGAAGGGACAACCAUGAUUUGAUCCAUAAUCUGUACUAGUGUCUUCAGAAAUGAAGGCAAGGGGGAGUGCAGCUUAUUUGGCAGCCCACUGGAGCCACACCUGCCCCUGUUCAAACAUACAGUGGUACCUCGGGUUACAUACACUUCAGGUUACAGACUCCGCUAACCCAGAAAUACCUCGGGUUAAGAACUUUGCAUCAGGAUGAGAGCAGAAAUAGUGCUCCGGCGGCGCGGCGGCAGCAGGAGGCCCCAUUAGCUAAAGUGGUACUUCAGGUUAAGAACAGUUUCAGGUUAAGAACGGACCUCCGGAACGAAUUAAGUACUUAACCCGAGGUACCACUGUACAUCUAUCUUCACUCUUAAGCUGUGUACACACAACAUUUUAUUCUAGAAACAAUGGAGAAUAAGCAGUUGUUUUUCCCCACAUAGUCCACACCAAAUCUACAUCUGUUGACCUCCCCCUCCCCGCCCCGCAGCACUUCUUGAGAAACUGGUUUCAUUCUGAAAACAAAAUUUCAUUGCAGAAUGAUUCAGCAUUACCCUGCAGAGUGUGUCCAUUUGAAAAUAGAUGUAAGCAAGGAGUGUGUGUGUGUGUAUCGACACCUGCCCAAUGAUGUUUUGAGUGGCCGUUUACCAAGGUCCCAAUAACUUCUUCAUUCUCCUGGGACAUGUGCUGGGAGGAAAAGGCAUGGAAUGUUUUCAAACAAGUAUCAAUAUAGAUUGAAAGCAGCAUUGUGAGAAUGAGCAUGAAAUAUUCUGGAUUGAGGAAAGCUACAUUUUUGUGCUAUAAAUGGGUUAGUGGUUACAUAGCCUUAGACUCCUCAUGGUUUCAGCAUGAGACCUUGGAAUUAUGCUGCCAGUUGGAGAAGUGGUCUAGAAGCACAAGGCAGUUUCAUAUGUUCACAGGUUUAUACUACUUCCCAAAUAAUUUCCUGCUAAAUUCAUGGAGUUCUCUGUGUGUGUUUUUCAGGUGACCUGCAAGGACUGGAGCAACCUGGCAGGCAAAAAUUACAUAAUCUUGAACAUGUCUGACAACAUUGACUGCGUGAGUGGCUUGUUUUUUUAUUAACAUUAUUUACUACAUUUAUGUCCUCUUUUCUUUAAAGCUAAAUCCAGAUGGCCAGCAUUCAAUGCACUGUAAACAAGUACUAGAAUAAUAAGUUAUUGAUACUAGCAACUCCACGUGAAUUUUUACAUGGAAGGAAGUCCCAUUAACUUAGUAGGGUUUUGUUGCCAAAUAAAUGUGCAUAGGAUUGCAGCCAUAGUCAUCUGUAUCUUAUUGGAGUAGCAUGGGAUCCAGCCUUGAGGAAGUGGCAAAUACACGCCUCUGGGAAUACAGUGGUACCUCGCAAGACAAAUGCCUUGCAAGACGAAAAACUCGCAAGACGAAAGAGUUUUUCGUUUUUUGAGUUGCUUCACAAGACGAAUUUCCCUAUGGGCUUGCUUUGCAAGACGAAAACGUCUUGCAAGUUUGUUUCCUUUUGGAUUUAAAAUGCAUUCCUAUGGGAAACCAUGCUUCGCAAGACAAAAAAUUCGCAAGACGAAGAAACUCGCAGAAUGAAUUAAUUUCGUCUUGCGAGGCACCACUGUACAUGGAUCAGGCUUUUUGAAAUUUUGAUGUUGAUUAGGUCUCUGAAACAGAGACGUGGAUCUUGGCUUUCUCACAUCUCAUACGUGACACAUAACUGAGACUUGAGAGGGAGCACUCAUGUAUUUUUGAAGUUCUGUGAGAAGCAACCCUGCAACUUGUCUUUCUAGGUAAUUACAAUGAUGUCACAUCUGGGAGUAUAAAAUAAUACCCUGAUGCUGCCAGAGGAGAUAUUUGAUAGGCGUGACCAGAUAACUAAUUUAGGCUAAUAUGCAGUAAGAUUCUGUUUUUGUCAAGCAAAGCAAACAUUUAUUCCAGUAAACAUAAUGUGUAGAAUAGUUGAUAUACCAACUCCAAACCACAGGACUCCAAACUUUAAGGUGCUUAUGUGCCUGCAAAUAACAGUUGCUGCAGAUUAUUCCCAUCUUUACAAUAUAUGUACAAUUAGUUGCAGAUCUGGCUGCAUGCAGUGCUGAUUGGCUUACAGUUGUAGUCCCUUCUGACCCCUCCCUGGAGCAGUUAAAAACCUACAUUGUGCUUUUCUUUCUUUUUAAAAAAGGUGCGUCUUGAAAAUUCACACAAUUAUCUGUUCAUCUGGCACUUUUUUUAAAAGCACAAUCCAUUUGAGAACAUUGUUAAAUAGCUCCCAGGAGGAAGGGCUACAGCUGUUAGCCAAUAAAUGCUGUGUAAAUGAACUCUGCUGCAAACCCCACAGAACUGGUUUACCUUAUGCUUUGACCAGGAGGGGAGAAAGUCUGUCUUUCAUCAGUGCUGUCAGUAUACUUCCAGGGCACAGCAACUUCAGUUUCUUAUGUCUGUCUCUAUGUGCCCAUAGAAUGAAUUUCUGUCUUCGCCUUUAGUCUUCUUAUACAACAGCAGAAUAUUAAGAAGAGGAAUAAGCCCAUCUGUGAAUCUUGUAUUUCCUGUGCACAAUGGCAUGCAACAUACAAAAGCAUAUUCUUGUUUUAAUGCAAACACAAACAAGACAUAAUUCAUCUUCAUGUGUUUUCACACACAUACACAUGAAAACAUUUGACCAGUCCUGGCUGGACGGUUGGACUUAACCAUUAUUAUACAGUAGCUCCCAAGGAUCUGGAUCGGGGUAACCAGUGCUUUUUUAAGUCAUUUAAAAAUGAGGUGAUUGUACUUCUAUACUGAUAAAAGUGUUGUGGGUGCCAGCACAAAAUGGCUGCCAUGGUCAAACAAAAAAAGAAGUGCCGGUGCUCUGGGGAUAGCCAAUGUGGUGCCUUCCUUAUGUUGUUUGAUUCCAACCCUCAUCAGCAUGGCCAAUGAGAGGAGUCGUGGUCCAGUAUUAAAAAGAAGGCACCACACUGGCCACCCUAAGCCAGAUGAACCAAUAAUAUAUGGCCCUUGCUCCAGUCUCCAUCUGUACCUAGACAUGUUCAGUUAUCUUAAUGCCUUGGCAUAGGUGGACCAGAAGGCAAGACACUGACUAAGUGGUGGUGGGUAAGCAUAACUGGUGAGUGAAUGAACUCGACUGCUGGCUGAUUGAGCUGGCAUAGCAAGUUAAACUUACUUUGCUUAUUUAUUACUUUUAUGGUUUUUUAUUCUGCAGCUUCAUUACUACAGUAGCUCACAAAUACUAAAAAUAAAAUAAAAUGCAAUAUUCAUAAUAUGAAAACAUACAAAAUAAAAACAGCAAAGGACAUAUCAGUUAAGAAUUCAGUUCAGAUAAAACCAUUUAAAAUUUCAGGUUUUAAUGAUUCUUAAAAGCCUUGGGAAACAAAUAUGUUUGUGCCCAAAAGGUGUCAUAUAGGUGACAGACAAGCCUUGGGAAGGGUAUUCUAAUGGUGAGGAGUCACCAACUUCCACACCUCAGAUGGUGACAGCACCUGGAGCAAGGCUUUGGAUGACAAUCUUAAAAGACUUGACAGAACUGCUAGAUUGGUGGGCAGUUAGCUAGGUGGGCUACAAGCUUAUUCAGCUAGUGAAGUUUUUAUUAAUAAUGGUGGAUUGCCUCCUGUAUGAAAACCAGCAAUUUAUGUGUUUGGGCUUACACGUAGGCAGAAGCCACUGGAAUUACAUUACUAAAAUAACACUAUGAUGAUAAACAACAGUAACACUAAUAACAAAAUAAUAAUAAUAAUAAUAAUAAUAAUAAUAAUAAUUUUUUAAAAAAAUAGCAAGCAGACUUUUUUUCCUGAACCAUCCAGAAGGAGAAAAAAUAUGGUUAUUAUUCUUUUCUAUUAUUUUAAAGUUGUUUCUCCUAUUUGGGGCUGGUUAUGUAGAUACCUAGUAUUUGAAGUUUAUAUAAAUUUAAACUAUUAAACCACAAAGGAGAUGUUAACUUAGAGCUCUAUUUUUGCAGAGUUUUAGUUAGAGAAAAUAAAUAGUGAUCAACUGUUGAUUCAGAAAAAAUAGGAAACUUCUGCAGGCAUUUCUGAUAAUUUUAAAUUCACAUGAUGGAAGGAUAACCAGGUAUCUGUAGUGAGAGACAGAGAGAAAAUGUGCAUUUACUUGGCUGGUUGUAAUAACUGGCUCAUUAAACUUAUUAAGACUUAGCUAAUUUUGUUCUAAUAGUUAUAGAAAGAAACCUGGCUUAUUUUUCUCUGGUAGUUACAGAAAAAUCAGAUAAUGUUCUUUUUUACACAUUCACACUUCUGCGCCAAAGGGUUAAGGUAUUCCUUUAUUGUUGCUUCUGUCAUCAAUGAUGCUAGAAAUAAAAGCAAACAAUUCCCAGUGUGAGUAGUUCAGAGUUCCAGCCUGCUGCCACUAAAUCUUCUUUAAGUGCCUCUUUUGCUUCCCUGUUAUCUUGUUUACUAUCUAGUGUCUGUUAACCAGACACAUUCCUCUAAUCCAUUACUCUUCCAUCAAUCCCAUAAAGCUGCAGUUAAUUGAUGAUCUAAAGUCUCUUUCCUGUUAAAGAUCUCCAUUCAUAAGAAUGUGUGAUGGAGCUGUUUAUGAGAAACCUUUCUCUUUUUAUAGUAGCGGUGAGGAAGUCCUUUAAAAAAUUGUGAAAAUGAGAAGGUCAAAACUGUAUUUCAUAAUUUUAAAAAUAGAACACCCCUUAUCUAACCCACUCUAGAGCAGAAAUUUAUUUCAAUUUUAUUGUGGACAUGCUUUAUUUUCCCUGGCAAUCUACUAUUACUGUGUUUAAGGGCCUUAGAAAUCUGCAUGUCAUAUUUUGCAGCCUGCCACAGAAUUGAGUCAUAUAUACAGAACUCUGACUAUAUUCAGGUUUUUUUUAAAGUAGGGAAGUUCUUGUUCUCAUGGUUGUGAAGAAUAGCUUGAAUAGAUUGGUGCGCGUCCUGUUUAAACUGCCUUUUCUGCCAAGGUUGUGGCUGCCGCCGAUUUUGAGCUGCUUGAUAGAAAUGAAAUAUCUUAUUUCUCAGUUAUCAUAUCUCAAUCCUAAUAGAAAACUCAGUUCAUAGAGUGCAUAUAUACACACAGGAGAGAGGUAGCAGCAGGUUUUGGAGAAGCCCAAGGUUUGCAAAAGUGGAGAAAAAGUAGAAAUUGGCCCCCCUUCCCAAAACUGCCCAAGGAGAACUGAAUAUGCUAAACAAAAUUUGUUUGACUGCUGGAGGGGAGGGGAAAAAGGAAAACCAGGGGGUGAGGUGGAAAGACAUGGAAUAACCUGAAAGGAGUCAUGGCUUGCUGGCUAAAACAGAAUGAACUUCAAAUCAAGAUGGUGUCUAAAAGAUGGAGCAUUUGUAUCUUUUCAGUACAUGUCAUAUGGAGCCAGUGGCAAUAGAAAUUUCAUUUUAAAGAUCACCAAAUCCGAUCGAACAAUUGUUCAGUUACUUUCUAAGUACAUUAUGCUGUCUGAAUAUAACUGCUCUUAGCACCAUCCUCAUGCUGUCUGAUAUAUUCCUCUUCUCCCAAGUCUUUGGCUAAUUAAACAACCCAAGGCCUUUUAAACUUUUUCUGUGGGGGUUACUGAUUUUGUUUAUUGCUGUGUUAUAUAUUUUUGUGUUUCGCCCUGUGAUCUUUGGGUGAAGGGUUGCAUAAAAAUGUAAAUUAUUAUUAUUAAUUAUUAUUAUUCGACAUGUAUAAAAGCACUGGUUCUUUCCCCUCGUUUCUUUUUGUGCAACUCAUGUGAAUGGAAAGACUAUUUUCCUGAAUGCAAAUUUUCUUGACUCAUGCUAAAGAACUUUUCAUGGUUAAUCUGAACUCUGGUCUGUUGGGUGGCUGCUUGGAGACGCAUCAUUUAUGCUAUGGUUAUAGUUGUGUGGCCCCAAGCUUGUUGCCCCUGAGGGGCCUCAACACCUAUGUCCUCUCUCCAUUCCCCUUUUGACAGGUUAUUUGCCUGGCCGUGGCAAGAUACGUUUUCCUCAGCUGGCGUCCAUAACCUUCGCCUUGUGAGGUGCGGUGCUGAUGGGUCUUUGUGACUCAGGCCUGACUCCUUCUUGUCUUUCCCAAUUAGGCCUGUGCCUGCCCUGAGCGCUUGAGGUUGCCAUAGCAACCAGCACUGCUAGCUCGUAUUAAUAAUCUGGGUGGCCUUUAGGUUGGCACAGCAACUGAACAAGAAUAGAAAGGGAGAAGUGGGAGAGGUGCUGCCAAGCGAUGUGCAUCAUGUCAGUAGAAAAGGACCAUUCCUAUUUGACCUACAAUCUGAGCUGAAUGAUGAGGCCCCUGGACUUUUAUAAACACUUUUAUUAUUCUUUGUAUCUUUCCGUUCCUCCAAGGAGCUCGGUGGGAGAUGUACAUGGGAUCCAAGUGAUUUCUGACCCCUGCUUGUUUACCUCAAAGCAUCAGGCACCUCUGGAUUCUUAUACAUUUACUGUGAUGCUAUUUCUUUCCUUAUAGUGGAUGCUGAGUUUUUAAGAUUUUGUGUGUUUUUUGAAAAAGAAAAAGAGGAAAGUUGUUGGUUUUCUAUUUGAUUUUCCUUCUCCCCAACAUUUCAGGUGACAGUGUUCCAUUUUGAUAUAAAACCCAUUUCUGCAACUGGAAAACUAAAAUUAUAAGUAAGUAAGUAAGUAAGUAAGAGUUUAAAUUUUCCAAUUACAGAAAUGGGUUUUAUAUCAAAAUGGGAUAUUGCCACCUGAAAUGUAACUUCAAGGUGGUUCACGAGAUAAAUUCUCUUCAUACAGGAAGCCAAGAUUAUGCAACCAGAUAGUAUGAAAUGAAUUAAAUGAAUUUUUGGUGAAAUUAGGACUAUGAAACUGGGUUGCAAGUAAAUCUGCAUUUUGAAAAUGGCAGCAACCAAGAUGGACAUACCACGCGAGGGCAUUAUUAGGGAGCACAAGAGGAAAAUAUUUGAACAGUAGGUGUUUGCAGGAAGAAAAUGGGAAUUGUAGUAAAGGAGUGGUUUGGUCUGCAAAGUGUCAUUGCUGUUAUCCGAUAUCCUCCAUAGGCUUGGCCUUGAGACUGACCUAGGCCUCAUUUCCUGAAAGCCUGCACCCAAACCCACAGGCUUUUUUCCCCUGCUGACAGGUUUGGUAGGGUGGGAGGAGUUUCUGCAUUCAAUGGGAUGCAUCGGCUUCUGUUUAAGAGACUGACAAAUGUUCUUUUUUGCAGGAGGACUUCCGUGUGGAGAGGGGCCUUCAGUUGCUGGCACUGGUGGAUGAUGCUUUCUCCAGGUAUGAAAAUGGAUUGCAGGGCCAAUGGUUGAUCUCCUUAAGCAAACCCAAUGAGAAUGACAAACAUCUGCUAAUGACCUUGGCUGGAGAACAUGGUAAGUUGUUAUGGAAGGGCAAAAGAGCUGAAGAAUGUCUCACUGUACUUUUGAUGGCUCCAAUCUUUGUGUGCUAUUUCUCAAUCUUCCUCCAUGUUUGCUUCUUAUUUCCUUCCCUAGGGAGACCUGUGAAGUUCUAUUCACAGAUAACACUUUUGUCUUUCCAUCCAAGUUUCUGAACUCUACUCGAUGCAUUUAAAAUAGCUACCACUUCUUUAGAGAGAAAAUUAUUAUGCUGAUAAUGAUUAUUUAUUCAGUUUUUAUACCACCUUUCCUCCAAAGGAGCCCAGAGGAGCAAAUUUGUCAGUACUAAAAUAUUACAAUAAAAAUUAUAAAAACAGUUAAAAACAACCUUUUAAAAACAGUUUUAAAAUUCUUAAAGCAAUCACCUUGGCUCAGUCGGUAGAGCAUGAGACUGAAGGUCGUUGGUUUGAGCCCCAUGUUGGGCAAAGAUUCCUGCAUUGCAGGAAGUUGGACUAGAUGACCCUCAUGCUCCCUCCAGCUCUACAAUUCUAUGACCUACUCUCACAACUAACAGUUUAUGGGUGGCUAGCCAAAAACAGAUUCUAGAAUGUGAUAGCUAACACCCUUCCCUUAGUUAUAUGGUGCUGUGGUUGCAAGAAGUUUCUUAUUUUAAGAAAAACCCAGUUGCAAAGACAUAUUGAUAGGCUCACGCCUAGUAGGCAUCCAAGCGGGGAGAAGAUAGCUAGCUCUCAAAGCAGUGACAAUUGGGUAUGCAAGUUUGGAACAUGUUAUGGUUAAUAUAUGAGUGGCACCACAAGCAGUGUCCCAUGUCACUUUUUCUCUAUAAUCUCCCCCAUAACAUUUUAGUAGGGCAAAACAGUGGAACAUGAUGUCAGUGUUUCCCCACUGAAACGCAGCUGCAACUACAUUGGUACCUCGGGUUAAGUACUUAAUUCGUUCCGGAGGUCCGUACUUAACCUGAAACUGUUCUUAACCUGAAGCACCACUUUAGCUAAUGGGGCCUCCUGCUCCUGCUGCACCACCGGAACACAAUUUCUGUUCUCAUCCUGAAGCAAAGUUCUUAACCUGAAGCACUAUUUCUGGGUUAGCGGAGUCUGUAACCUGAAGCGUAUGUAACCCGAGGUACCACUGUAUCUGUGUGCAUGUAUGUAUAAUUCUUAAUGCUUUAUUAUUUCAAAUUUGCAAUGGGCAACAUUUCAAUAAAACUGGCACCAUUACUGCCACACCAAAUGCAAUGUCUUGGUUCAGUGGAACUGUCACAGUGGUGGGUCUCUGUGAAACCAUUUAAGUGAGCAGAGGAAGAGCUUCUCUGCCUUGCUACCCCCACCAAGUUGAUUACUUCCAAGGCUACUCAACUUAGAAUAUUUCAGUCACUCUGUGGCUACCUUUCUUGAGAUUUGUACAGAGAGAGACCAAGCGGUCACCAGUGCUGCUACUCAGUCUGAGAAUCCUUGUAUAGUGUCUCGAUGCCUCUUGGCCUGGGGCUUCUCAGUCCACUUUGGUCUCUAUGGAAACAACACACAGUAAUGUGCUUCCUUUGCUGCCAUAAGCCUAGGAUGCUCUAGGACAUAGGGUGUUUAUUUUGUUUUAUUCAUUAGAACAUUUCAUCCAUUUUGAGACAGCAUACAACAAAUACUAAAGACAUAACAUCUACAUGAAAAUAAAAACAUAAAAAGGAAAAUACAGCAGGUGAUCUGUGUAUGAUAUAUAACAAUAUGUAGUAAUAUUGAAACACACUAGCCUUGGGCUGCCAAGACAGGCCCUGCAUCCCUGCCUUGAGGCAGUUCAGGGAAAAGAGAAGUGUUGUUUAGAUCCCCAUUAAUUUUUGUCUAUAACUGGGCAAUCUUCUUCCUGGAAACAUGCGUGGCUUUCCUUAUGCUGCUGAAAGUGGCAAAAAACUUUGAUAGAAAACUGUUGCAGUAUCUCUAGAAUUCUAAAAUACCGCACCGACCCCUCUCGCUCUCCAGGCUUUGCGCAGCUCACCGCAAGCCGUGGGAGCCCACGCUGGGCGCCCACGGCUUGCGGAGAGUUGCCUGCAUGCUGAAGCCUGGGCGCGCUGAACUAAGCACGCCCAGGCUUCGCGCAGCUCUCCGCAAGGCGGGGAGCCCAGCGCCGGGCUCCCACAGCUUGCGGAGAGUUGCCUGUUCUGGGGGCUGGGGUCAGGGGAAGCUCCGGCUUCCCCCCCCCCCAGCCCCGAGCCUGGGGGGGAAAUAAUUUUCCCCCCUUUAUUUCCCCCCCAAAAAAACUAGGUGCGCCUUAUGGGACGGUGCGUCCUAUAGGGCGAAAAAUACGGUAAUUGUCUCAGGGCAGCUUGGAAUAGUCUCAUCUGUUUGCCUAAGAAGAUUUGUUGUCUUUCUUUCUUUCUUUCUUUCUUUCUUUCUUAUUUUAAAAUUUUUUUAUUUAAACAAACAAAAGGGGGAAGCAACUUUUAAACAAUUGUACAUCAUGUGGUAUUUUACUUUUCAUUUUUUAAUACAAAUCACUAAGAUUGAGUCUAGACAUUUACCAAUGGUAAAAAGGAUCGUAAAAGUAUGUCACAGUCAUUGUCAAAUAAGCUACCUCAUUAAAUGAUGACUUUCUGCACAAUUGAUACGAAGCCGUUUGUUUUUCCAAUCAUAUACAGUUGGUAUUGAAUUUUCAAUGGAAUGUAAAUUAAUCGUUCGGCAAGGGCAUUUCUCUGUAAUCAAAAGGGCUUGCCACUGUAGUAAUCACUGGUGAUUUGGGCAGCUCCCUGAACUGGGACUAUGUGUCAAAUUAUAGACCUUAGCAAUAUUGUGAACUAAAGUAAUCUCCACAAAUUGACAAUCAGUUGGUAUAAAAGAGGCAGAAAAAGAGAUGAAGUUCAACACACUUCUUCUUGUCCACAUUCUCCUUGGCUUAUACCCAACUGACUGGGAAAAUAACCAUGUUUGACAAGAAAGCCAUGUAAGAGCUGACAAAUGGUUUUCUAGACAUUUCACUGUGUGGUCACUACUACAGAUAUUGCCAGUCUGGGAAGAAAGCAAAGCUGAUAAGCCAUCCAUCAUUUUCACUGGGAUACUCUCCCACAUUUCUGAGAAUCAUAAGCUAUGGUUGAGGUACUGUCAGAUUUGGCAGUGGAACAAUCAGUGGGGAAAGAGUGGAUUCAGCAGAUCAGAUUUGAAGUGGAAGCACUGAUUUGCGGAGGGAGGCAUUUUAUAUUUCCUGCUUUCUGGAUUCCUUUAUUCCUCUCCUUCAUCUGUCUCUGCUUACACACAUUGUAGCUGAUACUCUUGAGUUCUGAAAUUGAUCUAGUGCUCUGAAAGGUGUAUCCUGUAUUAUUAUAUACUCAGGAAAUUAUUCUUUAAUACAGGUAGUCUUCUUCUCCAGAAAUGCAAGUGUGUUAAAGAAGAGCACAUUGAACUAAUGUUUCUAUCCCCCCCCCAUGUGUUUCAUCCUCUAGGAGUUGUCCCAACAAAUGAUGUUCUCCUGGCACUAGGUGACAUGCGAAGGAGCUUAGCUGAGGUAAGACCUUGUUCAGUCACACAGCAGACAAUGCAGUUAAAUUGCCCACCUUGAAAAUUAGCCCCAUGCUCUAGCAUAGCUGGGCUCUGAGCCCGGAAUAGGCAUAGCGAUAGCUCAGCAUUCAGUGCAGAAAUCCCUUCUUUCCUGUCUGGUAACUGCUGAGUCAUCAAAUGCCAAUUUCUGUUAGCUAUGACUGAUUCUGUGGAUUGUCAGUUUACACUGUGCACUUUUUAAAAAGUUACCAUUAUAGUCUUUUGAGAUCCUGCUUGUCCUUGCUGAAGAGCAUAGAGAAAUGCAGAAAUGAUUUUCUGCAUCUGUCACACCAGAAAUCACUUGGAGCUUUCUGAAGGUGUUGCCUGUGGGUUCUUUUGAAGGCCUAGUGAACCUAUAAAUCUUUUCUAUUCACUGUGCACGGGGAUUCAUAGUUUUCUUAUUCGCAGCAGCUCAACUUUCACAUUUGAUCUCUGAAAUGCCUUUGUCGUCUAGGAAGCUUAUCUCAUUCUCUGUUCAAAUGAAAAUAUGACCUUACAUUGUCCUUGGGCAUGCUUUGUACCCAAUGUGCCAUGUUACAUGGACAAUGUGAAGCUCUAUAGAAGUUUAAUCAAGGUCACAAGAACUUAGAAAUUGGCUGAGGGCCUUUCUGCAUGAUCACAUCAGCCAAUGUGUAAUAUUCUCCCAAGUGACUUCUUAGUGAUAUCGAAGUGAUAUCCUAUAUAUUUUGUGUGAAAUAACCUCACUGUAUUUGGAUAGUUGUGUUGCUGUUUGCAUCUUUACAAAAAAAAAAAUCUUGUUAGUAGAUAAACAUAGCUUUAAAAGAACUGAAGGAAGAACAAACAAAAAUAUCCCUAAAAGAAAUGACUCAUAAAAUGCUUUAGACAUUGAGAAGAGGUUUGCUCCCACUUGCAACAAAUUUAAUCACAAUCAGUUGAUGUCUGUAACUUUCCACCCAAUAAUCACAGUAACAAUGGACUUGCUGCCUGGAGGAAUUCAUUUCCCCCAGUAUUGUGCUCUGAUUGUUCAGAAAAUGUGACAUACUACUUCUGCACUGUAUAAGGCAGAGACUAGUGGAAUGAUAUCUGUGGGCUGGAAAUUACCUACAGAGUUCACAGAACUCACUACAGGUGAGAUCCACAUGUGCCUGCCUACACUGUAGGAAUGCAUAAGCAGCAGACUCAAAAAAAGAAUGGCUCCCCUUUGAUCAGUUUCUUUGAACACCAAAACCCUUCAGCAAGAAGCCUUAUUGCUUGAUUCCACGGCGGCCAAUUCUGAUGGCUCAUUAGAAAGGCUCUUCUUUGGGAGCAAAAUUGGAGGGUAGAGGCUAAAAGGAGCCCCCGGUGGAUGAUCUGUCUCACAGACCUGAGCCUCAGAACCUGUUUUUAGAAAUCAAAAGAACUGCCUCUUCCUUCUUUGCCAACAUAAUAUGCACCCCAUCUUCUGUUACCGACUCCUGAUUCCCCACAAUCUAGCAGAAUUUCCUCCUACAACACACUGCCUCCAUCUCCAAACACAUAUGCCCUCCAUUCAUUGUCCCCAUCCAGGGCUACGCUGUGCUAGGGCUCAGGCCAAGAGUCUUAUUUUCAGUAACCAAAGAUUUUAGUUUAUUGUGGUAUGCAGUAUUCACAAUCCAUUUUGACUUAGUCAUCUUUGGGGAUAAAAUAUCACAUCUUACUGCAGUGAUUCACUUAAAACAUUAGUCUAAAGAUUUCUAGAACAAGUUGCCUCUGAAGAAGGCAAUUUAUGCAACAAAGUCCUGAGAACAGAUUGGAAAUGCAACUAUUUUUGUUUUUAGAUUGGAAUUCAGAACUACACAACUACUUCAAGUUGCCAGUCACGUCCCAGCCAGACCCAUAGUGACUAUGGAAAGCUUUUUGUGGUGCUGGUCAUUAUUGGCUCAAUCUGUGUCAUCAUCAUUAUAACAGGACUGAUUUACAACUGCUGGCAGAGGCGCUUGCCCAAAAUGAAGAACAUGGUGAGUCCCAGUGUGGCAUCUGGCUUGAACUCUUAUUCUUCGAAGGAUGGAGAAUGAUUGUAGGAAGUGCUUCCUGAUUUGCCUACUUUCCUUCCUAAAUGUCAGGCUUUUGAAUGAAUGAAUGGAUAAAUAAAUAAAUAAAUGUUUUCUCUCGCAUCUUGUUUGUCCCAUUUCUUUUCAGUCACAUGGGGAGGAGCUACGGUUUGUCGAGAACGGCUGCCAUGACAAUCCGACCUUGGAUGUAGCCAGCGACAGCCAAUCAGAAAUGCAAGAAAAGAAGCCAAGUGUGAAUGGUGGGGGAGCUGUUAAUGGACCUGAGAGCUGGGAUGUCCUCAUUAACAAGCGGGCAGGCGAAGAGGGAGAUGUGUUUGAGGAAGAUACACACCUUUAA